CUACAACGUAAACAUAAACAAUUUACAUAAAAUUCUCUCAAUGCUACUACAUAUAACAGAAAAGAGAGCACUGCUCAGUUUAGAGCCGGCAUUCGAUGAAUUAAGACGCAAAAAGCUUUAUAUGGCGCUCUUUAACAAUUCAGUGUGAGAGGAAAAGACAAAAAUCAAUUUUAUUGAAGAAAAAGAUGAAGUUUUGUGUUUUUUAGACGCGUUUUUUAACAAAUAAGUUGUGCAAUCAAUAAAAGAGUUCAUAUUAAAAAUAGCGUAAUAUGUCUAAAAGCAUUAAAAUUAUUCAAAGUGGUGAAAUUAAAGAAAAAAAAUUUUGAAUUUUUAUGAAUGGAAAUUUUAUGAAAACACAUGGAAUAGAAAGAAAACUAAUUUUCUCGAAGCCUUUUUAGUGUGACGUGGUAACUCUUACUUAAAAAGUGUUUACUAAUCGAUAAAAGUGUAUGAUUAUAACAAAAAAAAAAAUAACGUAAAAAAAAUGAAACAAAAAAUAUAAUUAAAGUAUUAUGGAACGAACCAAUAAAAAAGAUCAAGAUUUUGAAGGUCACGAUGAAGUUGACCGAGCUGAGACUUAUCAGCGGGUUUCUUCACGACGCGUGACAAAAAAAAUAUAUAGUGAUCCAAAUGUAUCUGGAAUAGAAAUUUUAGAAAGUCCAGGUCCUGACGAUUCGGAUUAUCAUACAUUCCCACAUUCUUCCUCACAUUCAUUUUCUAAAUCAUCUUCUGCAUCGAUCGCUUCCAGCGAUCGAUUUCCAUCUGAAGAAAGUUUUCGGUCAUCAUCUUCACUUAGUCAAACUAGUUCUGGCAAAAAAGUCCACACUACUUUAAUAAGAAUUCAUUUAGGUGAUGAUAAAAAAAUUUCGCAUGAAUGGUAUUCAGAUUUCACAAAUAAAUCGCAUCAUAAUCAAGCUUACAGUUCGCCUCUUGUUAACAGAUCAGCGAAUUCAAGUAGUCAAUUUGAAUAUGAUACACAUAUUGCACAAAUGAGAGUCUAUUUAAAUUACAUGUUUAAUAGUUAUUUACCAUUUAUUUUAUAUUUUUUCCUCGUCGAUGCCAAUAAAGAUGAACAAGAACGAGUUCAAAAGAAAACUUUUGUCAAUUGGAUCAAUUCCUAUUUGGCAAAGCGCAAUCCUCCUUUACGAAUCGAAGACUUGUAUUCAGAUUUGCGUGAUGGAACCAAACUUAUUGCCUUACUGGAAAUUUUAUCAGGGGAGCGUCUACCAGUAGAAAAGGGUAGAAAUAUGAAACGUCCUCAUUUUCUUAGCAAUGCAAAUACUGCUCUACAAUUUUUAGCAAGCAAACGAAUCAAACUAGUUAACAUCAAUUCUACUGACUUAGUUGAUGGGAAACCAGCAGUUGUGCUAGGUCUCAUUUGGACAAUAAUUCUGUACUUCCAAAUUGAGGAAAAUAGUCGUAUCAUGAAUUAUAUGGAAAAUGUUCCAUCAAGUAGUAGAACAGAUGGAAAGAAACAAUUAUUAUCGUGGGUUUCAAAAACUAUUCCAAGUGAGUUAGGAAUAGAAAUUAAAGAUUUUGGGCCCAGCUGGCGUGACGGGUACGCAUUUAUGGGCCUUAUUAAUGCAAUUGAUGAAAACCUCAUCGACAUAAAUAAAUAUAGAGAUGCAUCAAACAAGCAUCGCUUGAAUACUAGCUUCAACGUGGCAGAGAGCGAAUUGGGAAUCCCAAAAUUGUUGGAUCCGGACGAUGUUGAUUUGGCUAAACCUGACGAAAGAAGUGUGAUGACUUAUGUAGCUCAAUUCCUUCAUAAAUAUCCUGAGCCGAAGCCAUUACAUGCUUCAUCAGGGGAAAGCAACUUCCAACAACUCCAAAACAUUUUACAAUGGAUGCGUGAACAAAUAAUCAAGUAUGAUAGCAUGAAUGGAAGUUAUCCUCUUGAUGUUGAAAUGUACAUGCAGUCUGUAACUCUAACAAAUCAAAAAUAUGAUACUUUUGAAAAAAUCAAGCAAAGCGUCAAUACUCCCGACAAUUUAUUAAUUGAAUUUAAAGACUCGAAGAAGAGAUUGAAUACUCUUUUGGAUGAAUGGAAAAAAUAUCUCGAUUAUAAUCUUCCAGGUGAACUUAAGGCAAUUGGUGUUUGGUUAUAUCAAGCUGAAAAAAUGCUCAUUGAUAACGAUUUGCCAGACACAAUGAACGAAGAAACUGCCGCUCUAAUCAGUAAGAAAAUUGAAACACACAAGAAAUUUUUCGCUGCUUAUCCUGAUGUUUUGGAUAGAUUUAAUACUAUUAAAGACAAUCCACAAUAUCAAAAUAUAUCACCAAAAAUUUUUGAAUAUGUUGAAAAACGUCUUCUUGAUAUUGAGCCUAAAGCUCGUGAACGUCGUAUUAGAUUGAAAUUUAUGGAACAUAAAUGUUGCUUGAUUGCCUUCCUUAACUUGCUAGAAAAUAAAAUUUCAAGUGUUCGUUAUGGUAACGAAGAUGUUGUUCGUCAUUCACUUGAUCAAAUACGAAGCUUCUUAACUCGCAAUAAAAUUGUUGAAGAGUUCGAAAGAGCACUGGUGGACAUGCGACAAGUUAUUGAGGAAUAUCAAGUUGAUGGAAAUUUAACUGGUAAAGAUAUGUAUGAUAUUGACACAUUUAUGAACGAGACAGAAAAUCGUUGGAAGAGUGUCUCGACAGGUUUAAAAUGUACCGAGACAAUGUUGGAAGAGACAUUAAAUAAUUGGAAAAGGUAUAAUACAACCUCAAAAGAUCUUGACUCGUGGAUGGACGCGGCGGAAAAUGCUCUUGGUUUUCCAGAAAUGGAACGUCUAGAAUUUUUUAAGGAUAUUGCAUUAGUCAAAAAGAGUUUUGAGAGUCUUGAUGACUUUUAUAACUUUUUAAAAACGACAUGUGAUCGCGAAACUGUCAAUGCCUUAGACCAUGACUAUCAUAUGCUGUGUCAACGAUGGGAUCGUAUAUAUCAAUAUGCUAAGCAAUACACACAUGCCGGUGAUAUUCUUAAAAAUCGUCAAAUUUAUGAAAACGGUAUUCAAACUUUAUGCAGUUGGUUACGGAAUUCUGAAAACAUAUUGGUUCGUCAAAAUCUCAAUACUGCUGAUCAAAUAAAACAACAUCAAGAGGAUUUAAAGAAAAUCAGUGGAGAAUUGGAAGAAAUGGAAGAUUUAUUUAGAAAUAUCAGUAAAUCGUUUCAAUCUCUUAUACCUGACAUUUCAAGAGACGAAGUUGAUCGUAUAAUGAAGUUGCUUAAAAAGGAAAAAGAGGCUUUGGUUUGUAUCAGAGCUCAAAUUCCCGUUAAAAUGCAACUAUUUCAUCAAAUGCUUUCUCAACAAGAAUCAAUUGAAAUGGGUCAAAAUGAAAUCACACAGUGGCUUGAUGAAGCUGAAAACUUGUUAAGUACUUAUAGUUUGGCAACAAGGAAAAGUCAAACCAUAGCACAACUUGAAAAACAUAAACAAUUUUUUGCAAAAACUCUAUAUUACAAAUCUAUGCUUGAAAGUAAAAACAUUGUUUUGCAGAACCUUUUACGUGCUGUAGACAUUGAGAAUAAUAUGGAUACAACUGCUGCUCAAGAAAAAAUGAGAACAAUUAAUGAAAGAUUCAACUAUGUUGUGAGCAAUGCUGUACAGUGGGAAAGAAAAUUACAUGAGAUAGUCGCAUGCUGGAAUGCUUUUGAAAUAACUGAAAAACAACUUGCAGAAUACCUAAAAAAAGCAAAUCAUUGGCUUACACAACCAUUGACAGAUAAUCGCGAAGAUCUUGAUGCGCAAAUAAAUUUCUUCGAAAAUUUGAAUGACAAAUAUGUCAACAGUUUCAUUAACGCUGCAAAUGAUUUAUCAAAAUAUUUACCUACCGCUGGAAAGCAAGAUGUUGUAGAUAUUGUUGAUAAAUUGCAAGUAAAAUGGAAUAAUUUGAUAUCAAUUGUGCCAUUACAUCUUAUGAAAAUACACUUUUAUACUGAAAAUAUUAAAUUUACUCACUUAAUUCGUGACAUUGAAAAAGAAUUGAAUUAUGAAGAACAAGCCUUCCAUAGAAAUGAAAAUCUUGAUGAAUUAUUAGCACAACAUGUUCAAUUCUUCCAACAAAGUCCAGUAUUAAAAACAGCAGAACUUACAUUAUCAAAAAUGCACAAUAUUCUUACACAUUAUAAUGCUGAGUUGCCUAAUGAUAAGGAAUUGACAACAGUAUAUCAAAACAAAUCGAUUGUAUGGCAAAAUUUAUGCAAGCGUAUUGACAUCAUUUUUAAUGAUUUACAACAAAUUCCGGAUCAAUGGAAAAAUUAUCAUGAGAAAUUUACAAAAAUCUCAAGGUGGAUGGACAAUGUAGAAGAAUCUCUUAGUAGAUUGACUAAAGAAUUAAACUCUUUAGAAGAGUUCGAACGAGAAAAGUUGAUUUUCCAGAACAUUUGUACUGAAGCUGAUGAAAAACGAGAGGAUAUGAAGUGGCUGUUAAAAACUCUUGAUUAUCUUAUUUCUCAUGCACCUGAAGAUGUUGUUCAUGUGGAGCAAAAUAAAUUGGAAGAUCUGGUUGCAAGAUACAAAAUUCUUAUUCCAACAAUUGAAAUAACGAUGAUAAAAACAGAAGUUUUCUCUAAAUGCUACACUUAUCGUCAAGAUGUUAGUACUAUUGUUGCGCUUCUUGAAAAAAUUUCUAAUCAAGCUGCAAGUCAAACAGCACAACAGCCUGAGAAUUUAAAUACUGUUAAACAUAUGAUUAAAAUACAAGAGUCAGCUAUUAAUCAAUUAGAUAAUCAACGUGGUCAUAUUAUGACUAUGCUUCAAAGAGGCAAAGAUUUAAGCAAAGAUGUUCAUGCACCGGCAUUCAUUAGUGAUGAAGUUAAGAAUUUAGAAACUGGCUGGAAUCAAACUUAUACAACAACACAAGAGAAGUUACAUACAUUAAAGAAUGUUGAAAAUAUUUGGCAACAAUUUGACAACCAAAAACGUGAAAUAAUGAAUCUAGUUAAUCUUGCAGAAACCGAACUACGAUCUGUAACACCAUUGCAAACAAAUCCUGCAAAUUGUAUUACAGAUUUGCAGAACAAACAACAGUUACAAGUUCAUCUGCAGAAAUCAGCUGUUCCCAUAUUUUCAAAAUUAGGACAACUGUUUGAGAAGUUAGUUGCCGAAACACCCAUCAAGGAAGAAAUGUUCCUUAAAGACAUGGGAGAUUUGCACAAACGUUUUAACAACACUCUGGAUCAUUUGAGAGAUCGAGUGGAUUAUCUAGAAAAUUAUAAUUGCAAAUGGAAUGAUUAUAAAAAGCGAUUGGCUGACUUACACGCAUGGGCAACUCAAAUUGCUCCUCAAAUUAUUGAGUCUUUAAAAUUGGCUGACUUAGCCCCUGAAGAAAGAAAAGAACGAUUAGAAAAAUUGGAAGUUGAGUUUAAUGAAAAAAUGAAAACAUUUGAGUUGUUAUCUAGCGAUGCAUUUGAUCUUGCCCCUAAAGAAGGAAAUAUUAUGGAGGCUAAGAAGUUGAAGAAUGAAGUAAGAAAUCUUCAUGCCACCAUGAGUGGAAUAAAUAAUGCAAUUCAAAACAAUGCUCAAAUAAUCAACAACGAUUUGACACAUUGGCAACAGUAUCAAGUUCAAAUUAGUGAAAUAAAACCAUGGGUAGAAGAUGCUCCACAAUCAUUAAGCAUUGAUGAUUAUCAGCCAACGGUUAUUAAUGAUGCAAAACAGUUCUGCAAUGAUAUUGAACUUUAUAAACAGCAAUGCCAAAAGAAAAUCAUAAAGCUUGAUGAAAUCGCAAAGAUUGGAGAAGAAAUCCAAUUAAAUGAUUUUCUUCCAAAUAAUAUUGAAUUUUACCAAGCAAAAUGGAAGAAGGUUCAUGAAAAUGCCAAUAUUCUUGGAGGAAAAAUGGGCACACUUACUAACAAUUGGGAAUAUUUCAAUGAUCAAAUUGCUCAACUCGAAGAAUGGAUUGACGAAAGUAAUAAUCACUUAAAUAAUAUUUACGACAAUUUAGCUGAGUGUGGUAUUGAUGACCUCGAAAAACAUCUCAAUACAAUGAAAUUCUUUGAAAAUGAGUUAUCUGGAAAGCAUGCUGAUCUUGUUUCAUUGAAUCAACUUUCAGAAAAACUAUGUAUUAAUUUAUCUCCUGAAGGAUCCGCAAUCAUCAAAGAGAAGUUGAAAAUUGUAAAAGAACAGAUUGAUGGUAUUGGAAAAAAAGUUAAAUCACAAGUUCAAGCUAUUGGAUCAAAAAUAAAUACCAACCAAGAAAUCAAUACAAAACUUAAUAACUUUAAUAACUGGAUGGAAAAUCUUCGCAAAAAUAUUUUGGAAAUUGAUAAUGUUUCCAUAAGAAAUAUUGAGCCAUCACUACAAUUGAUUCAUUCUUUAAUAGAACAACAUAAUGAACGUGAAAAUGCUUUUAAUGACAUAUAUCAGGAUAUAAAGAAAAUGGCAAUUGCAGCCAAUCCAGCAGAAGCUACAAUUUUAAAUGAUACUUAUAGUGCCUUAGCAAGUGGCUAUCAAAACUUAAAUAAUAAUUUAUACGACAAGAAAAACUUUUUGGAAAAGUGGGCGGAAUUUUUGCAUUGGGUGAAAGAUAUUAAGGAAUUUUUAAGACACCAAGGAAAACAAAUGUCAGAUAUUUCUACUCCUCCUGAAAUUGAGCAGACUUCAGCAAGUAUUGUUGAAUAUUUAAGUUGCUUACCUGUUUGGAAAGAAACUGCUUCAGAACUCGAUUCAAAACCUAUCGUACGUAUUAAAAAUGAUUAUGACAAAGUAGAGUACGCAAUUCCUUUGGUUAAUGGCUUAGAAACUGAAUUAGAAAAUUUAAAGGAAAAAUGUACUGCAAAACUCAGCAAGAAUAAACAACUUAAUGAAAGAAAAAUCAUCUUUAAGAAUCUUGAGAGACAAGUUAUUGACAAUUUAAAUGGUUUUACAAAAGAUAUUAAUCAAAUUAAUGAUAUGGUUGAUACUAAAGUGAUUCAAUUCAAUGAAGCAUUAAGCAAAUGUGUUGAUGUUAAAAACAACUUGGUGGAAUGUCAGCCCAUAAUAAAUCAAAUUCAUCAAGAAGGUAAUGCGUUAAUUAAAGAUGAUUUCAAUGAUAUGAUUAAUGUUCAAGAAAUACUCUUAGUGCUUGAUAAAGAAUAUGGUAAUUUGAAUGAUAUUAGCGACGAAUCUAUUCAAAACUUUACAUUACUUACCAAAGCUUCAACUGAUCAUAAGAAACUCAUUGAAAAAGCUAAAAAUGAAAUACUUAGUAUUCCAUUCAUUGAUGAACAUGAAAUCCUUAAUAACCAAAUUGUUAAAUCAGUUUUGGAUGCAAAUGUUGAUACUGUAAAAAGACAGUUAGAACAAUUGAGGAAAAUAAAGAUGCAAAUAGAUGACAUUGAUCGUAAAGGAAAUGAAAUGCUUAAGUUUUGUGAUAAUAUUAACCGUCAACCACCAGACAUAGCGGAAGACGUUCAAGAAUUAAAAAAUUUGUGGAAUGGUGCUCAUGAAAAAGUAUCGACACAAGCAGUUUUGUUUGACAAUAUUUCGUCAUUAUGGCAACAAGUGGAUGAUUCUGCAAUAGAAAUUAAUAAUUGGCUUGACGAUAUUGAUAUUAUAAUAUCUGAAUCAAUUGAAAAUAAGAAAGAGGUUGAGAGUGGCUUUAUAAGGUUGAAUAAAUAUAAAGUUGAACUUCCUUCAUAUUUAAAUCUCACAAAAGAAAUGGAAAACAAAAUUGAUGAAAUAAAAAAAAUUCAAGGAGUAACAUUAGAACCUCAACAAAUUCAACAUACGUUGAAUAUUAUCAAUGAACGUUUUGCCGAAAUCGAUGAAAAAGUCAAGGGCUUGGAAAAUAUUGCAACCAACUUUUCCCAAGAUGAAAAAGAUUUUAAAAUGAAAUUGAAAACAGUAAACGAAAAUAUUAACAAAGCACGAGACAAAAUCAUUGAAUGUGACGAUACAAGUGGUGAAAUUGGUAAAAUUAUUGAGAAUUUAAACAAAUGCUAUGUUGUAGAUAAAGAUUUAGAUCAGAAUAAAAAUGAGCUAACAUCAUUGUCAUCUUUCCUAAAUUCUUUGUUGGAGAAGUUCCCAAAUAUAAAAGAAUCAUCAUUACCUAAGGAACUUGAAAACAUCAAAAGACGCCAAGAUGUUCUUGUUAAAAACAAUGAAAAAAAUAAAAGAAAUUUAUCUGGCAAUAUUGAAAAGACAAUUAAAGAUAAAAUAGUUAAUUGUUCAAAGCUGAUUUUACAACAAUGUGAAAAGGUUAAAUGGUGCAACCCUGAUGCUGCCAGUGAUAAAUACAAUUUGGAAGUUAAACUGAGUUCACUCAAUGAUGUUGAAAAAUUCAAAAACGAUUGUCUUGAAAAGCUUAAUGAUAUUGAUCAAUCAUUAGAAAAGGCAAACAACUUGAAAAAAGUUAACAUACCUGGCCUUGUAGAAAUGAAAAAUCAAUUAAAUAAAAAUUAUGAGCAACUAGUCAAAGAUUGUAAUGAUAUUAAAUCAUCAUUAGAAGAAAACAUUAGUCUAUGGAAUAAGUAUGAAACUGUUUCUGAAUUAUUGCUUAAUAGUUUGAAAGAUCUUGAAAUAAAAACUAAAGGAGAAACGGCUUAUCAAAUUGAUUUGUUUACAAUAGAGGAUAAACAAAAGAAUGUCCAAGAAUAUAAAAAGCAAGUUGAAGCAUUGAAACCAAGCCUAAAAGAACUUACCAACCUUGGAACUGAGAUAAACAGUAAAAAUCAAGAAGCUCACAUUAACCAAGUUGUUAAUCAAACAACUGCUCGUUAUAAUAUGGUGUCUAAUUUAAUUAAUACAAUCCUUGAUCGGUUGGCUGACUACAAACAGAAAUAUGCUGAUUAUAAUGAAGCCAACAAUAAUUUCUCUACUUGGUUAGCUGAUACUAAAACUCAGACAGAUAAUUUAGUCAAGCUUGCUGAUUCAGGCACAAGUUCAUCCAAAAUUCAACUACAAGAUUUAAAAAGUUUGCUCAAUCAAAUGGUUGCGCGCUUUGAUGAAUUAAAAACACUUAAUGAAAAAGGAGAAGUUUUAUACACAGGUGUAACAAUGGAAAGUCGUGAAGGCAUACGAAAAAAUUUAAAACAACUCAGAAAUGUUUAUGAGACUACACAUAAAAAAUUGAAUUCUUUGAUUAAAAAGCUUGAUUCGGAUAUUUCACAGAAAACAUCAAUUGAAGAAAAUCAUGAACAAAUCAAGCAAUGGCUUGCAGAAACAUCACCCAAGGUUCUCUCAUCUGAACUUUAUGCAACAUUGCCAGAAAAGAAAACAGCAUUGCAUGCAAAUAAAACAUUACUACAGGACGUUGCUUUACAUAAAAACUUACUUCAACAAUUAGAAUCAAAAUCUUUAAAUAUUUCUGAUAAGGAUGCAUUAGUAAGAAUGAAAGCUACUGGAAAGGAAUAUGACAAUUUACUUCAAUCAAUUGAAAACAAAAUUGCAACUUAUGAGGACCACAUCAACAAUCAUGAAUUUUUCGACAGUAAAAUUGAAGCUUUCCGUGAUGAGUUAUUAGGGCUGAAAAAUGAUUGGGUUGAAACUAUUGCAGAUACAGUUGAACCAAAAAGCAUUGAUGACAAUAUAAAGUUUAGUCAAACAAUAUUAGAAAAGAAAAAUGCAUUGGAUGAUAAAUUAGAACAAUGUUACCAACAGCUCAAUGUUGUAAUGAACCAAACUCACGAGAAAGGUCAUCCAAAUUUGUUCAAUUCUUUUAAAGAACAAAAGGAUGACUGGCUUAAAUUUUUGGCAAUGUGUGAAGAAAACCAGCUUAAAUAUACCAUGAUUAAGGACCAAUGUGACAAAUUUAAUGAUGUAUUCUCAGAAUUGUUAGCGUUCUUAAAAGAGAAAGAAGCAAUAAUCAAAGAUCAAAAUUUGAAAAAUAGCUACGAAGCAAAAGUUAAUCAUUUAAGCAUGCUUAAGACCCUUUUGCAAGAAAUUAAAGGCAAAUCAAAUUCACUCUCUAAGAUCUACGAAGAAAUUAGAAAACUUCCUUCUGAAAAUGAAUAUCACACAAAACUUUCACAAAUAACUACUAGAUUCCAAACAGCAGAAAACGCUUGCAAGGAUCUUCUAAAUCGUUAUGAGAUUUAUUGUAAUGAUCAUUUACUUUUUAAUGACAGUUAUCAAGAGUUCAAAGAUGAAAUGGAUAAAGAUCAAGAUAACUUAAAGUUUAACUGUGAAAUUAUUGGAAAUUUAGAUGGUCUUCAAGAAGUUCAAAAGAAAGUUAAGGAACUUCAAGAUAAACAAACUAAUGACAAUGUUGCUUUUGAGCAAUUAGUUGCUCAAGGUGAAGGUCUUUAUCCACAUACAAGCCCUGAUGGUCGUGAACAUUUACGACAACAAUUAAAACAUUUAAAAACGACUUGGAAUAACUACAACGAAGAUUUAAUUGGGCUAGGCCAAAAAAUAGAUCAAUGUGUGCAACAAUUCGGAGAAUUCAAUGAUGCACAAGAACAAUUGUCCAAUUGGUUAAAGGAAGUAGAAAAAUCUAUUCAAUCACACACAGAAUUAAGAUCUACUCUUCCAGAAAAGAAUUUACAACUUCAAAACCACAAAUUAAUGCAUCAAGAAAUAAUUUCACAAACUGGACUUGUUGAUGGAGUUUGUGACAAAGCACAACAAUUGAUUGAUGAAACGAAAGAUCCUAAUAUCAAGAAGUAUUUAGAUUCAAUUAAAGAUUUAUUCAAAAACAUUGUUACAAAGUCAGAAGAUCUUUUGAAUAAACUCGGUGAUGCGGUUAACAUUCAUAAAGCUUAUAAUACAGAACUAUCCGUAUUGAAAAACUGGAUUAAUGAUGAAGUAGAAAAACUUUUACCCUGCGAGAACAUACAGGGUGAAAAAAGCGAUAUAUUGAAGAAAAUUGAGCGGUUGGAAGCAAUUAAAGCUGGAAAACCAACUGGUGACAAACAACAGACGAAAUUAAUAGAUUUGUUUGAGAAAGUUACAAUUAAUACAUCUCCAAAAGGAAGUGAAACAUUACUCAAGGAAUUGAAUGAUUUGAAAGAUAAGUUUGAUAAUAUUUAUAUUGAAGCUGAUAACUUCUUACAAAAACAAAAAGACGUGCAUGAUAACUGGAAGCAAUUUGAAGAUCAACAUGACGAAUUAAAAAAAUGGUGUAAAAACUAUGAAUCCAUUUUUAAAGAAUUGCCUCAAAAGAAUGAUCUUCAUGAAAAACUUGAGCUUCUAAAUUCUUUUAAAGAACAUCAAGAUACAAUCUUACACAAAGAACCGAUUGUUGAACAAUUCUUUGACUUUUCAAAUGCACUACUUGGCAAAACGGGAGUAGAAAAAGUCAAAAUCAUGAGCAAUCAACUUUUAAAUCGCUAUAAGCUUCUAACAGUCUUGAGCAAAGAAGUGAAGUAUGAAGAAGCUGACACUGAGUUGAAGAAAUUAGAAAGCGAAAUCAAAAACCUUACAGAUAAUAUGGACUUUAAGACACUAAAAAAAGAAUCAAUACAGUUGUUAAACAUUGAAAAGGACAAAGUUGAUUCAAUAAUUAACAAUUUAACAACAAUAAGUGAAAAAGUGCUGCCUGAAACAAGUGCAUCAGGCCGUGAAAGCAUUCGAGAGAAUUUACGAUCAAUUAGGGAUCGUUUUGAAACACUUGUUGUAGAUUUUAAAAACUUACAAAAAUCUAUUGAUACAAAAUCAAAUCAAUGGGUUUUAUAUCAAGAUAUAUCUCAACAACUUAACAAGUGGCUUGAGACAAUGGAAAAUGUACUUGGCGAAGAAGAAAAGAAUAUAGCUAUAUCACAACAGGAAAUUCGAACAAAGAUAUUAAAAUUAAAGUCGUUGUGUCAUGAAAUAACCUCCCAUAAUCGUUUGAUAGAAACAUUAAAUGAGAAGGCUGCUGUGGUUGAAGACAAUCAGAAGGAAAAGGAUGCCGUUUUAUCAAUAAAUGAAAGAUUCCUUAAUGCCAAGGAUAAAGCUCAAAAUAUGCUGAAAAAUGCUGAACAUAUUAUGGACAUUUUGAAUAGUUUCAAUGAAAUGCACAAAGGACAAUUAGAGCAUCAAAAGAUGCUUUGGGAUAAACUGACAAUCUAUUCUGAUUUUUUGGGUACAAAAAGCGAAUUAUCAUCUAAGCUUGAAAAGUUAAAUGAAAUUGAAAAGCACAUUAAAACGGACGAAAUGAAACUUAAUGAAAUUAAGUCCUUUGUCGAUACAAAUUCAACAAUUUUACCUCAUCAAAUUACAUCAAACCUUAGCUGUGAUGUUAAUAAGAUGUUUGUUGAGUAUGAUAAGUUUAAAAAUGCAUUGGAAAAAAUCAAAAAAGAUAUUGACGAUAGAUUGAGCUUGUGGCGUCAAUACCAAGAAGGAUGUGAUAAGUUAACACAGCUUCUUGAAGAAACUGAAAACGUUCUUAAAAACUUUGGCCUAAAGGCUUCAUAUGAAGAAAAGUGUGAGUCAUUGAAGAAUUAUCAAAGCGUUUUUGCUAACUUGAAAGAACAUGAAAAUGAAUUUGAUACUCUAUCUGACAAAGCAUCUGAACUAAUUCAAUCAUGUGGAGAAUCCAAAACUAUAAUCUUUGUUCAGCAAAUAAAAUCACGAUAUCUUUCGGAUGAAAAUGCUGCUAAAGAGGUAUUGAAAAAAUGUGAACAAAUGGUCAAUGAUCAUAAAAUAUAUAAGGAUAGAUACAGUCAAUGCUUUGACGAAUACUCUAAGGCAAAGAAUAUCCUAGGUAACCUUGAGGAUGUAAAUACAGUUUCUGAUAGAACCGAACUUCAAAAUUAUGCAGAUAAAAUAAAUUCUUUAGCAGACAACACAAUGAUAAAUCAAUUAUUAAAUUCAGUUGUCGAGCUUGCAGAAAAUCUUUAUGCUACAACAGAUUCAACUGGACGUGAAAUGAUACGUUUGGAAGUACAAGAAUUGCAACAAAAAAUUGAAGAUCUUUAUGAUAAAAUUAUAAAUUUGAAAACAAAAUUAGAAUUUAAGCUAUCGAAUAUUACUGGUGUUGAAAGUCUUAUUGAAAAGUUGCAAUUAUGGCUGAACGAGAUUGAGCCAGACAUUUCUGGUAAUAUAUCAUAUAAAGCCACACUUGAUGAAAAAACACAACAACAACAGAAAUAUGAAAGUUUGCUGAACGAUAUUAACAGCCAUCAAAAAGAAAUUAGCAUAUUGAAAAAUUUGACUAGUAAUUCGGAAACAGAUGGAGCUAUUAAGCAGAAAUCAGUAAAAAUUGUUGAGCAAUAUGAUAAAUAUCUAAAUAAUGCAAAACAAUAUUCUGAACAGUAUGAAGGGAUUGUGCAUGAUCAUCAGCAAUAUUCAAUUGCUGUAAUGGAAGCGCAGAAUUUCACACAAGCAACUCAAAAUACAGCUGAAUUAUGGGGAGACAUUGAUUUAGACAAAGCUUCUUUAGUUUCCAAUUUGGAACGACUAAAGGCAUUAGACGUUUCAUUGCCCGAUGAAUAUCAUCGCGUUGAAUCAGUUUGCGAGUUUGGUAAAAAAGUUAUACCAAAUACAAUUGAGGAAAGUCAAAUCAAUAUUCAACAACAAAUUGAUACGUCUAAGCAAGAAUGGGAACAUCUUAAUGGAACAACCAAAGCAAUUAUUGAUAGUAUCAAUAAUAAACUAGAUCAGUGGAAUGACUUUGAGUCUCUUAGAGAUUCCUGCAUGGAUUGGGUUCGAAAUGUUGAAAGUAAUUUGCAUUCAAUCGAUCUUAAGUCAACAUUGAUUGAGAAGAAGAAUCAACAUGACAAACUAAAAGAUUUGCAAGGAGAAAUCAGAGCAAAAGAAUUAGAAAUUGAUAAUGUCACUGAAAAAUCACAAAUUUUAUUACGUUCACUAAUCAAUUCAAGUUGUAAAAAUUCUGUUAAUGAACUUGUUCAAAAAUAUCAACAACUGUCAAAUAAAAUUAAGGACUUGACAGCUAGAUGGCAACAAUAUUACCUAAUUCAUCAGGAAUUCGAUAGACAAGUAUCUGAUUAUGAAGGAUGGAUUAGCGAUUUGAGGUCUAAAAUUAAUUACUGCUCCGAUCUAUCAGGAAAUUCACAGAAAGAAAUGGAAAAUAAAUUGAUGACAAUUCAGGAAUUGAUUCUGCUUAAAGAAGAUGGUUCAAAUAAAUUACAAGAAAUAGUUGAGGCGGCACAAAAUGUUUUAGUCAACACAUCAGCUCCUGGACAUGAACCCAUUAAUAAUACCGUUGCUAAAUUGCAUGAUGAAUGGUCACAAUGUACAAUGAAAAUGAUUGAUAUUCGUUCAUCACUCGAUGACUCAAUUAGUCAGUGGUCGGGGUUGUCAGAUGAAAUUCAAAACAUUAGAAAAUCAACUGAAGCUAUUGAAGCAUUGUUAGAUGAUUUAACAGAGUUCCAAACAACAAUGCCUGAAAAACGCACUCAAUUGGAAUUAAUACGAAAUGUAGAAGAACGUGUACGCGUUGAAAAAAUUGAAGUUGACAACUUAAAAGCUAAAACAUUAGAAAUCAUAACAAAAGGAAAAUCAACACCGGCUGCUCAAUUGGCACAAGAAGUUCUUCAAAACUUUGAUAAAGUGUUUGAGAGAGUUAAGAAAUUACUCUAUGAAAGAGAAGAACAAUUUAGAGAUCACAGAGUGUACAAGGAGGCAUAUGACAAUUUGUCAAAUUACAUUAAUAGAGCGAGAGAAAAAAUUCCAAUGAUCCAGCAAACUUCUCUUAAUGAUAAAAUGUCCAUUGAACAGUCUGUUGCUCCUUUAGAAUCACUUUUGAAUAAACAAGCUCAAGGUGAAUUGCUACUCGAACAUUUGCAAAGUACAUCUGAGGUGGUUCUUGCUAGUACCUCACAAAAUGGACAAGAAAUCAUCAAGAAUGAUAUUAAGGAAUUAAAACAAAGUUUUGAAGAUUUGUUUAAGGAAAUUCGUUUAGAGAAGGAGAAAUUAGAGAACACUAUGGUUCGUUGGAGAGAUUAUAAAGAUGAGCUUGAAAAACUAUCGGAAUGGAUCACCCAAACAGAUAUUUUGGUUAAAAAUCAUAAACUUGCCCUUCAUCCGACACUGCAAGACAAGCAAAAACAAGUUAUUGACAUGAAAGAUAUUCUUAACAAAAUCGAAAAGCAACAGGAAGAAAUUGACAAAUUUAAUGUUUUUGCUUCACCUCUUUUAAAAUCACACCUUGAUUCAAGUGUAGGAAGUCAAUUACGACAAAUUAACUCAAGAUAUCAAGUUUUAUCAAAUAUUGCAAAAGAUGUCAUGAAAAAGGUUGAAGUAAAUUGCAAUCAACAUCGUGAAUUCGAAGAUUAUUAUAAGAGGGCAUCAAACUGGCUUGCUCAAGCUAAAGAAGUUAUUCAAUCAUGUUCUGAAGGAAACAUGACAAGCAAGGAUGCAUUAAUGUCAAAACUAAGCCACAUUCAAAAUCUUAUUGACAGACGUGAAGAAGGUCAGAAUCUUGUUCAAAAUACAGUAAACAACGGAGAAAAAACAUUGAAAAAUACGAAGUCAGACGGAAAAGAAAUAAUUAAUACUCAAAUUAAACAAAUUCAAUCAGAUUGGGAUCGCUUGGCCAAGAAAAUGACGAGUGCAAAAGUCAAUCUUGAGACACAAUUACUACAAUGGGCAGAUUAUUCUUCAAGUUAUAAUCAUUUACAGCAAUGGAUUAAUGAUCGUGAGGCAAAACUUCAACAGGUAACUGAACCCAAAGCAGCAAAAAGUAGAAAAGUUCAACCUGCGCUUGUUGAAAGAAAGGCAAAUCUUAGACAAACGAACGAUAUUGUUCAGGAUAUUGUUUCUUUUGAACCAAUGAUUCAAUCAGUUACAUCAAAGGCAUCUGGAUUACAACAAGGAGCUCCUGUAACUGAAAUCAGUUCAAAAUAUGAAACACUUUCAAAACAUGCAAAAGAAUUGUUUGCUAAACAGAAAGACACUGUAGAAAAAAUGCAAGCAUUUUUAGAUGCUGGCAACGAAUUUGCGCAAUGGAUACGAAAUGCAAAAGAAGAAAUCAAUAAAUGUUCUGAAACUUCUGGCGACAAGGAAACAUUAAUUUCGAAAUUGACUCAAUUAAAAGCAUUAGAAAAUGAUAUUCCAAAUGGACAAGACAAGCUUCAAAGAGCUCUAGAGCAAGCCAACAUUGCGAUUCGAGGUGCUUCCAAAGAAGAUCGUGACCAAAUUGAAGAAGAAGUUGGCCUAAUGCAAGGGGAAUUCGAUAAUUAUGUCGAUGUUGCAAAGCUUUCAAAGAAAAAACUCGAAUUAGGAAUAACAAAAUGGACGGAAUUCGAUAAAAAACAAGUAGAAGCUUUCAAGUGGCUUAACGAAAAAGAAGGAGUUGUACAAUCAUUCAAUAAGUUGCAGUCUAAUUUGGAAGAUAAAAGGAUUGCUCUCGAGAAAUUUCAAUCUUUAUUGCAAACUCUUUUUGACUGGCAACGUGAUCUUGAUGAUUUGAAUAUUGCAGCACAAACCUUACUCGAUAUUUGUGCUGAUACUAGAAUAAGCAAUACUAUUACUCAGCUUACAACUAAAUACAAUACUAUCUUAUCAAUGUCUAAAGAAAUAAUGAAACGAUUAGAAAUUCAAUAUCAAGAACAUCAACAACAUAAUGCCUUAAUGCAAGAAUUGUGUGAUGAUUGGCUUGAUAGAGUCAGAGAAAAGCUUAAUCAAUGCAAGGAUAUUCCAUAUAAAAUCAAUGAACUGCAAGCUAAACUUAACAUCGUUAAAGGCAUAAAACAGUCUCUUGAACAAGGUCAAAAUAAAUUGCGCUAUGCAUUAGAAUUAAAAGAAAAGGUAAUUGUUAGCACUGAAUCAAAUGGCGUGGCUAAAAUUGAGGAAGAUGCAGAGAAUUUAAAGCAAGAUUUUGACUCGCUUAUGAACGAUGUCAACGAUGUACGACAAAAAAUUACAUCUCGUCUGAAUCUGCUAGAAGAAAUUAGCAAACAGUAUAAAAUCUUAAAAGAAUGGUUGGAUGAAGCACGAUUACAGCUUCCAUCGGACGACAAAGUUUAUAAUGAAAUGAGUGAUAAGAAAGCAGCUCUUGAAAAAUUAAAAAAUUUGCAACGUGAAGCUCAAAAUUACAGUGAAAUUUGCGAUAAGAUAAGAAUAAAGUUUACGCAAGAAAAUAUUGAUUCAUCAGAAUUUGAUGAAGGGUUGAAAGGAUUUUCUGAACUCCAAAAUGUUUUAGAAAAGAAGAUUGAAAAUCUGGAAAAUCAAUUAAGCGAUCAUGAGAAAUACAAGCAAUCUUAUAUUGAAUCUUACAACUGGAUGAAAUCUGCAAAAAAAGAUAUUGAAGAGCACUCUGAUCCUCAUGGCGAGAAAGAUUUGACAUUGAAUAAAUUGGAAAGCAUAAGAAGAAUUGAGCAAUCAAUGCCAGAAGGAAAAGUGUUAAUUAGUAACACCAUUGAAGUAAGUAAUCAGUUGUUGCCAAAUUGUGACAAUGAAGGACAAGACAGAAUCAAACAAGAAUUAAGACAAAUGGAAAUUGACUGGAAUGAAUUGGAGAUUCUCUCAAAGACAACAACAGAAAAUUUGGAAGAUUGUAUUAACAUUUGGAAUAAUUUUGCAAAUAAGUCGUCUGAAAUUCAAACAGUUUUGAAUCGUUUCAAAAAUCAAAUGACAGCUUUUGAUAAUUUACUGGAAAUACCAUCGGAUGAUGUAGUUGAAAACGCUAAGAGCUUAUCUAAUGAAAUCGAAAGUUACAAAGAUGUUAUGGAAGAACUCAAUGAAAUUUGUGAAAUUUUGAUGGAAAAGAGUGCCUGCUCUGGCGUUCGAGACCAAACAAAUAGCCUUAAUGAUAAAUAUAACUCAUUGCUUUCACAAAUUCAAGGUAUUUUAUUAAUAAUCAAUAAAAAUAUUGUCGACCAAAACGAAUAUGCAACAUAUAAGAGUGAAGCUGAUAAGUGGUUAGAUAAUGCAAAUAAAACUAUAGAUAAAUGUAAUAAUAUUAAAAAUCUUGACGAUAUAAACUCAAAUCUUAACGAAAUCAAUAUUUUAUUAAAUCGAGUAACUGAGGGUGAAAAGAUCAUAAAUCUCAUGCAAGAAGCUUUCACACGUUCUUCAAAUUAUUUACCUAAAAAUAGACAAGAUGAAAUCAUGAAUGAAAUAACAUCUAUUCGUGGUGAAUGGGAUAAUAUUGUAGUUAAAAUUGGUGCAUGUUCGAACAAUCUUAAAGCCAUUACAAAUCGUUGGAAUACACUUAUUGAAAAUAAAAACCGUUUGAAUAAUUGGUUACAAGAAAAAGAGGCAAUUUUGCAAUCUAUCCCAAAAGGUAAUGGUGAAAUAAGUGAAAUUAAAACUUUAUUGGAGCGAUUAAAAUAUUUAGAAUCAGAAAUAGCUCAAAAGAAGAAUGAAGUUGAUGAUAUAGGUGAUGAAAUGAAAUAUUUCGAAGCAUUAAGAGCACCAGAAGAGGAUAAAGAAAAACUUAAAGCCAUCGUUCAGAGAUUUGAGACUCUCAAACAAAAUUGUACUGAACGUAUUACAGAAUUUGACAUGGAUAUUAACGAUCAUAAUGCAUAUCAAUAUCAAUUGCAAGAAAUCGAAAAAUGGUUGCUUCAAAUUUCAUUUCAACUUAUGGCUCACAAUUCUCUUUAUAUUUCAAAUUAUGAUCAAACAAAAGAGCAAAUUGCUCAACAUGAGACUUUAUUGGAUUACAUUCAAAAAUAUCAAGCAAAUAUUGAUGACCUUGAUGCGAAAGGACAGCAACAAAUCAAACGAUAUGAACCGUUUUCCAGUUCAAUUCGUGAACGUAUCGAAAGUCAAAUUAAGAAUAUUCAAGACAGUUAUAAUUCAUUACUCCAUACAUCGAUUCAAAUUAAAAAUCGCCUGUAUGAUUCAUUAAACAAAUUCAAGGAAUAUGAGGAGACUCUUGACAGUAUAAUGCAAAACCUUGAUGGAUUCGAAAAAGUUAUAGAUCUUGAAAUGGAGAAACCAAUCAAUACGUUAAAUAAUGCAAAGAUGCAAUUACAGUUGAUGCAGAGUUUACAAGAUAAAUUACAACAAGAAAAGCAAAGAUUGAUGUUGGCAGUGCAAGCUUGUGAGGCAGCUACAGCUAGCAUUAGUCGUCCAAGUUCUCCAGUUUUUAAUCAAAGUCCUGCUAUUCCUGAAAAAGAGUUAUUAGUAAGAGCAAAACUAGACGAUUUGAUAGAUAAACUUUUACCAUGCAUUGAUGUGUUGAUAGAAAAAGUCAAAGGAUUCGAUGAAAUUCUAACUAAGCGUGAUGAUAUUAAUGAAUGGAUAGAGCAACAGACAAUUUUUGCAAAUGACGUAGCAUCCAAACCUUCUAAACUCCGUCCUGAAUCUGCAGCACAAGACAUUCAAUCUAUCAGCGAUGUACUUGGUGGAAUCAAUGAGAAGCGAAAUAUCAUGACAGAAUUGGCUAAUCAAUUGCCUGAUGAAGAAGUUUCAGAUUUGGAAAAACGCCUUGAUGAUUUGGAAACCAUUUUGAUGAAUCAAAUAGAACGCAAGCGUAAUAAUCAACAAUUUAUAGAUGACUAUUUGAAUUCUGUGAAUGAUGGUAAGAAAUUCUUCGAUGGACUCAUUCAACGCUUAGAAGUAAUUGAUGGCCCCUGUGGAAUGAAUUGUGAACAAAAACUAAAUGAAUUAAAUAACAUCAAAAAUGAAAAUGAAACAAAAACACCAGAAUUAAAAGAAAAGAUGCAGGAAAAAGCAACAAAAGUUUUUGAAGUUAUUAGUAACCUCGAUGCACAACAAGUAGAUGAUCAUUCGAAAGCAUUUCAACGACGUGAAAAUGACAUCAAGAAAAGAAUUGAAAGAAAAAUUCAACUCUUGGAUAUGACAAAUAAAAACCUUGAUAAAUUAAAAGCAGAAAUUGAUCAAACAAAGUUCUUCUUUGACGAUAAUAUUGAGAAAUUGUCAACACCGUUUGUUUUGGGCUAUCUUGUUAAGCCAAUUGAAGGAUACAUACAAUAUCUUAAGAAUCUUUCUAAGGAUAUCGAAAAUAAGCAAGCAUUUAUUGAUACCUUGAAUAAGAGAAUUACAAAUAUGCACACAGAGUUGGACGGAAGUGAACAACAGAAAAUGAAGCAGUGUGUGAUGGAUUUGCAUAUGAAGGAAAAGAAACUUAAUGAACUUGUAAAAUACGAAAAUGCUCGAGCACUGCAAGGUUUAAGUAAUGCAAAGAAUAUUGAAAAUAAGUUCGACAUCAUCCGCAAUUGGACAAAUGAUCAGAAAGCACAAAAUGAAUUAAAACCUUUGAUCAUUUCAUUUGCACCAUCUGCUAUCGACUAUGAAGUUCAGGAACAUCGCAAUCGUUUACAAAACAUCAAAGAUUUCUCUGAUGGUAUUUUAAAUGAUACCAUUGAGCAAGUGUCUUCUAUAAAAGAGCAAUGUGGUGACACUGGCAAAAUUGAUUUGCAAAAAAUUGUAGAUACAUUUUUAGAUGAUAUUCAAACAUUAACAUUAACAUGUAAUCAACAAUUGCAGAAUAUUGAAAAAAUAUUACAAAAGAAAAAGGAAUAUGAACAAGAUUCAGAUGGACUUUUGAACUGGAUAAAAGAAAUUAAUCAUAUAUUAUCAACAAACGUGAAGACUUCUAGUAUACAAAUUUUAGAAGAACAAAAACACAAAUAUGAAGGAUUAUUGAAAGAAUGUGAGAGUAAGGAAUACUUACUUAAAGCCAUUCAAGAUAAAGCUGAUUCACUCAUGGAAAAUCUAUCAGAAGUUGAUCGUCUUAAUCUAACAUGUCAAGUUAAAAAUUUGACUGAUAAGUUAAAUUUGCUGAUUCUUAAGUUGAAAGAGCGUUAUAAUGGCAUUGUUGAUAAUAUUAAGCAAUUAAAGGAAUCACAAAAACAAAUUGCUGAAUAUACACAGUUUAUUCUGUCAAUCCAACAAUCGAUAAAAGAGUUGAAUAAACCCAUUGGCAGCAAAACAGAAGAUGUUGUUAAUUUGUUAAAAGACUAUGAAAAUAUUUUGAAUCGAUUAAAAGCUAAAAAAGCAGAAAUGAGCAUGCAGAAAAUUAGCUCACUGCCACAAAUAAAAGAGCUGCUGUCUACACAUGAUGAUAUCAUAGAAGCUAUUGAAAAUCAACUUCGACGUUUGAAGCAGUUGUUAAUGCUACGUGAACAAUUUAUUGCCUUAGUUAAUGAAAUUGUCAAUUUUAAUGUGAAAUACACAGAUAUUGUUGCACAUAUUGAAAAGUCUGAUGACAAAAUUGAAAACAAAAUUAAACAAUAUGAUAAAAUAAUGCAUAAAAUCCAUGAGUGUGAAGGACUUUUGUUAUCUGCAAACGACAAAGGCAUGCAAAUUGCUUCAGAAGGAACAGUCGAAGAUAGAAAUAACAUUAUCGAACAGUUACAGGCUCUUAAAAACCAUCUUCAAACAUUGAAGCAAACAGUAGAAAAUCUUCGUCAACAACAUGAAAAAGCAGCAAAUCUUUAUAAAAACUUUGAAAGCGAUUUAAAUAAAACAAUAAAUGUUCUUCACGAAAAGGAAGUAGCUGUUAAAAUUUUGCCUGUUUUGGAUAUUGACACCGAAACCGUAGAGCAAGAAAUAAGGAAACAUGAAACAUUAGCAGCUGACAUUAAAAAAAUGCUUGUAAAAUUGCAAACAAUAUUAGAUGGAAUCGACAAUGAACGAACACUUCCUCCUUCAUUAGUUGAUACAGUGUCUAUAGGAAAAUCAUUAUUAAAAAGCUUACCAGAAGCUAUUAACGAUCGCAAAAAUUAUCUUGAAAGCAACAAGGACUAUCGUUUGAAAUACACACAAAAUGUUGGUGACUUUAACAAUUGGAUCAAUUCAGUAGAAAGUGACUUCAUGUAUGAAAAUGAUGAUAUCGAUCUUGAAAAUAUUUCAUCGAUGAUAGAUAAACAUGUAUCAUUUGUUGAUAAUAAAUUGCCAGAAAUAAAACUUUUGUUGGAAAAAAUCAAUGAUUGUGCUAAACAUAUAAUGCCAUCGUUAAAUAAUAUCAGUAAAGAAGAACUUUUACGCGAUUUGCAAAAAUAUAUAUCAACUUUCAAGGACAGUGCAGCACGCGCCGAAAAAUCUAAGCAAAAUCUUCAAAACAGUAAUGAUUUAUGGAGAGAAUACUGUACAUUGUUGCAAUCAGUUGAUAAUAUUUUGACUAAAGUUCCAAAAGAGUCAUCAAUUAAUUCAAUCAGUAAACUUCAGGACUUUUUGCAGAAGCUCAAUGACAAGUUAAGAGCAAUUCAGGCCCAGCAAGAGCAAAUCGAUAAGUUAAAUCAACUUUUUGAGAAAUUAUUGCAUAUCGCCGAUCAGUCAAACCGUGAGAAGAUUCAACGUCAGAAUACCGAUAUCAACUUAAAGUGGACUAAUACGAUAAAUUCAAUUGAUAAUCAAAUUGAAACACUGUCGCAAAUUGCACAGAACUGGUUAGAUUUGGAACGAGAUAUUGCAGCUGUUGAAAAGAGUUUAUUAAAUAUUACUGAAAAAGUAAAAGAAAUUGAUUUUGGUCAAAAGUCACAAUCACAACUUGAGGAAGUCAAAAACAACAUUUUACAAUACAUUGACGAUACUAAAAUUCUUGAGAAGCACAAACAAAAUUUAAAGAAGCUUGCUAAACCUGUUCUUGAAUUUUUAAAAGAAGAACAACCCGAGGUGGUUGAUCCUAUUAAGAAUAAGCUUGAAACGAUAAGCGAGCAAAUAUUUAGUCUCUCAAACACACUAAACGGCAAGUACAUUCAGGUGAAAAAGAUUUUGGAAUUAUUAAAGGAUUUGUCACAGAAUUGUGCGCAAAUCGAUACUGAGUUGCAAAAAAUUGAACAUCAGUUAGCGGAAUUAGAUCCAUAUGCAAAAGAUAUCGAUCAAAACCAACAUAUAGUUGAACAAAUUCACAAUAAGCUUUCUAAUUAUCGUAACGAAAUAAAGAAAAUUGCAAAUUCAUUGGACGAAUUCGAAGAAUAUAUAUCACCAGAGAUAAUAAAACACUUAAAAGAUUUAGAAUUAAAGGUUGAAGGAUUAUUAGAUAAAAUGGAAGAAUAUAACCGCGCUUUCAAAAUGGCUAAAACGAUAAGGAGCGAAUAUCUGUAUAACAUUGAAAAAGUACACGGCUGGAUUAUGGAUACUGAGCAAAAAUUAAACAGUCAUUACACGGAACCAUUGGAAUACAAAGUUUCGAUACACAAUAGCUGCCAAGAAAGACCUUCUGUUACUGAAUGGUACGACACUGCAAAUAAAAAUGGACAGAGUAUAAUUGAAUUGACACAAGAUGAGAGCGAAGCAUUUAAUAUCCGACAGCAUCUUGACUUUAUCCGUGAAAGACUUGGACAAAUUUUUACUUUAUUAGACGAUCAAAAAACAAUUAUCGAUAACGUAGUUGAUGCAUGGUCGAAAUUUAUGGAACUCUAUCAAAUCAUCAUUAAUUGGGCUACCGAGAAAAAGAUUUUUGUAAACCAAGAAUUGAAAAUUAAUAAUCAACAAGAAGCACAAACAAAACUUUCUGAAUAUACGACGUCAUUGACCAGCAUCAAAUCAAUCACACAAAACUUAAGCGAUAUGAAUAAAUUUUUGGACGAUAUUUCGGAAUAUAAGAUUGUCGAUAGAUUGAAGGAAAAGCUACACGAAUCGGAAAACUUAAAACUGGAAAUCGAGUCAAUACUUAUAAAAAGGAAUGCCUUGCUUUUGGAAUUAACGGAAGAAUGGGAUCAGUAUGAAAAGAAGAUAAAGGAUGUAUACAAUUGGAUAAAGAAAUCGCGUGCAACAUUUGAGUCGCCUCAAUAUCGUAAUAGGCCGCUACGUGAUCAGUUAGUGUAUUUGGAAAAGACCUUGGCUGACAUCACCACACAGAAAACGAAAAUAACGAUUUCGUAUGAGAAACUUCAAGUGCAUUUCCGUACUGAAUUGUCAUGUGAGAAAGAUUUGAAUGAUGAAUACACAGCUGUAAUUCAAAAUUUGGACCAACUUCAUCAAGAUGUUUCACGACAAAUAGGUGAUUUGGAGAAGGCCUUACAACAGAUUGAUAAAUAUCAACAUGACAUUCAAAUGUUGAAACAGAAAUUGGUGCAAGAAGAACAGUUGCUGAAAACUAUGACACCAGAGCAUGGUGAUGCAACUGACACCAUACAGGCUCAACGCAAUAUAUUGGCGGCUCUUGUACACCAAAUAAACUUAUUGACAUCUAAGUUGGUCGAAUUGGACCCUCAAAACCCAGAACAUUACUCGAUUGUGAACAUCAAUCGUGACAAUAAUUCAUCACCUAUUAACUGGACCUAUGCUGAUGUUGUAUUGGGCCGAAUCCGAUUUCAUCAGGGAAGAACACCUGUUGGAAAUGUUUGGGGCAUUCAAAAUACUAACAACAACAUUGCUAAGCCCAUCGCAGAAAGUGUCGUAGAACCUAAAAUAUUUUCUGAAGUGAAUCAUGUCAGUGAGGCACCAUCUCGUGUUCCUGAAAACAAUCAAAGUAAAACUGAUUCAGAAAAGUCAAAACUAAAAGUUAAACGUGAUCGAAAACAUCAUUAUCAAAAUAGUCAGCCCAAGAAAGAAACAAAAACAUCUACAUCAACUGAAGUUACCAAAAAUCUAAAUUCUCUUGCAACUGAUGAACAAAUGGUUACAGAAGAGAAUAAAAAAGAUGUUAGAAUUAUGGUUGUACCAGAUUAUUUGAAUGCAAAAACGGCUCCUGUCACUGAUGAGGCAGGCAAGACAUAUGCAGAUAUUCUUAAAGGACUACGUGCCAGAAGUGGACAAAGUGACGCAUCAGUUUCAUCUGAAACAACAUCUCAGACAUUUAUUAAGUCAGAAAAGGCUACAGGAACAAUUUCAAAGCUAAUACCUACAUCAUCACAAAAUAUUUUUUGGCAAAAACAAGAUACAAUUACGGUUAAACAACCAUCUAGUCACAAGCCUGUAGAAACAAAGAAAAAACACAAACGUAUUUUCCCUAAACAUGUCACUAAGGAACAAAGUGAUGGAGCUGAUUUAUCAACCACAAAGAAAUCUUUUGAAACUCAUUCUGAAACCUCAAGCACAAGUAGUGAGGAAAUUAAAGAACAGCAUGAAAAACCAAAACGAAAGAAUGAUAAGAAGAAGAACGAACGAGACGACGAAAAUAAAAACGAAAGAAAAUUAGACGCAGAUUUAAGCAAAAAAGUAAAUAUGAAACGAGUUAUUUUAAUCGAACAUGAAGCUGUAAAUAAAAUUCCAGUUCAGCAAAUUCAUUUGUCAUUACCACAAACUUAUGCAGUAAAAGUUGAGACUCCCUUUGAUCAAAACAUUCAAGGUGUGACAGUUGAAAAUUUCUCAACACAAAUUGAGACGAUUAAAUUAUUAGAUUCUCCUGAACUCGGUGAUGAAAAUACAACCGUUGAAGGCGACUGGGAAUCUGUUUCAACUGCAACACUUGAUACAGUUAUUGAACGCUCAAUAGAGUUCCCUAUAGAAAAAGAAGUAAUUUUAACCCAAGAAUUAUUGUCUGAAAAAAUUGAGCCUGAAAAACAUUUAGAAAAUAUUCAAGAAUACACAGACACAUCAGAGGAUGAAAUCACGCUCCAAAGUAAAUUGGAGAUUUCAUUUGUUGUCGACGAAGAUGUCCCUAAAAUUGAGCAUGAAAUAUCAACAAUUGCUUCCGUUACUGGAAAAUGUCGUAAACAUAAAGACAAAUUAGUUCACGAUGACAGCUUUGAAAUUAUUUAUGAUACCUCGACGAUUGAUGAAGCUCUUUCGCUUAUAAGUAACGAAACUGUUGCCAAUAAUGAAAAACUUGACGAAAACAUAAUUGAAAAAGUCAUUAAAGAACCUUCAAAGUGUUUGAUCAUUGAAACAGAAGCAACGACCUCUACAAAUACUAUGGCAGAACAUGAAAUAGAAAAAUUAGAAAUUUCAGUUGAGGAAGAUGUUAUCACACCUAUUGAGACAUCAGUUACUGAAAAUACAAAAUACAUUCAACAAAUUAAGGAGCAAAAAGAACAAGCAUCAGAACAACAACAUAUUUUAAUUGAUACUAAAGCUCUAUCAGAAACUACGGAAAAGAAAGAAAAAACUUUAAAGACAAUCGAGACAGUUGACGAAACAGACUUUAUUCAAGAUUUAGAAAAAAAUGACGAAUGCAUUUUAAGUGUUGAUACUCGAGAUAAAAUUCGCGAUAUAACAAGCAUAAUUAUUCAGAAAAUCGAAAGCGCACAGGCAAGAGUUGAGGAGUUGCCCGAAGAAAUUAUACUUGAUGACCUAAACAAAAAAGAAAGCAUACAACCUUCUCCCGAUCAUAGUGAUCGCGUUAUACAAAUUACAAACGCUAUAAUUACUAAAAUAGAAGGUGCUAAAAGCAUUGUAGAAGAAAUCGCAGACGAUUUUGACAAGAAACAAUUAGAUGAAAUGAAAUCAGGUGAUGAAAGUAAUGAGGUGCGACAAAAACCAACGAUUGACAGCACGGGAGAUCUGGAAAAUACUUUUGAUAAAUUAACUGAGAAAACCAAUUUAGAGUCAAUUGAAAAAAGAAGAAAUAGUUUAGAAGAUGACUGGGAAGUUAUAACAGAAGAGACCACUGAGCAACUUAGAGCCGAAAUUAAAGAUCAAGUAAUUUUAGAGCCUCAAAAACUUAAUGCAUUAGAUAAUAUUAACAAUUUGGAGCAGGUAACUAACCAACCCUUAAAUGAGCCCGAAAUUGGCACAUCAUUAAUAACCGAUCAAAAUCAAACUAAUAUGAUGCACGCACUAAUUAACACAUUACCAAUUGGAGAGGGUAGAAAAAUUGAGGAAGCACCAAUAUUGUUAGUUUUAAAAUCCAAUGAAGAGAGUGUGAAAAAUUUCCUGUUUGAAAUCCCUAAAUAUAAUUAUCAAGAUUACAAUAAUGCUGAAAAAUAUGCAUCAUUGUAUGCUUCAAUUUGUUUGCAAACUGAGGUUGAAAGGAAUGUUGAAACUAAUGCGAAUACUGUGGAACCACACUUAAAUACUCAAGUUCUUUCAAUCAAAAAACAAACUUUUGAUACUGCUGAACAAAAAAAUUUCGAUUUAAAUAUAACACAGAAUAAUGAUGAAAAAAUAAAUUUAGAAGUGCAUAGAAUUAAAAUAGAAUCAUAUAAAUCCGAAGAUGUGAAAAAAAUAGCCGAGCCAAAAAUAAAAGAGAAGGAAUCUGAAAACUGUGACUCAAUCGAAAUGACUAAACGUGAUGAUGAAAAAACUGAAAACAAGAAUGAUCAAGAUGAAGAAAACUAUCUACGCAUACUUGUAGAAGAAUCUGUUCCGUAUGACUUGUUAAAUUUGAAAUUUGUUGAAAAUAUUUAUCACAAAUCUCACACCGAUACUACAAAACAGGAUGAAACUAAAAUUCAAGAAUUUUCUUUACUUGAAUCUGCUAAAAUAUAUAACGAAACUUGUCAAACUAAAGAACUUAAUGAUAACAUUUAUUUGAACGAAUCUAUUGCUUUUUAUAACACAUUUACACUUGGCGAUGUCGAGAAAAAAUAUGAGGAAUUUAAAAAUAAAAGCUGUGAAUUUGAACCGAAAGAAGAAGAUAAAAGUAAAGAUAUUACAAAUGAAUGCCAAACGCUCAAUGAAACAAAAGAGCAUAUAAAACAAAUUCGUUUAGGGCAGCAAAUAAAUGAAAUCGAAAAGUAUGGUGUUGAAACAAUUAAUCAUAAGCAAAUAUCACAAGACAAUAAUAUUUCUAAAAACAAAACAAAGUCGAAAAAUCAAGAAACAGAAAAUUUAAUGAUUUCAAAUUCUAAAGACAAUUCUAUAGGACAAACACCUGAAAACAAAUUGAAGCGUGAAAAAACACAGUUCGAAAACCAAAGUGAAAUGGAAAAACCAGCAUUAAACAUUUACGAAGAUAAUAUUUAUUGGAAAAUUCCAUAUAAUAUUUUUGCUUUAGCUGAAGCUGAAAGACAAUAUGAAACAAAUCAUAGAGAAAUGGGUCAAAUCAAAGAGCAAGUUAUCGGAGAAAUCAUAAGUGAGCAAGCAAUAGCUCCUAAUGAAAGUAUAUUAGAAGAAUUACAACUUCAACCAGAAACAAUUAUUCCUUCUGAUAUCUCUAUAGUUGGUGAAGAUCAAAUCAACGAACAAGGAAUCGAAGAAACAGUAAUUAAGCAAGCUGUGCCUCCUGUUGAAAGUAUAUUUGAAGAAUCACAACUUCAAUCAGAAACAAUUAUUACUUCAGAUAUCGCUGAAAUUGGUGAAAAUCAAAUUAAGGAACAAGUAAUCGAAGAAACAGUAACUAAGCAAGCCAUGGCUCCUGCUGAAAGUAUAUUUGAAGAAUCACAACUUCAACCAGAAACAGUUGUUUUUUCAGAUAUCACUGAAAUUGAUUUAGAUCAAAUCAAGGAACAAAUAAUCGAAGAAACAGUAAUUGAGCCAAUUAUUGCACCUGUUGAAAGUAUGUUUGAAGAAUCACAACUUCAAUCAGAAAAAAUUAUUAAUUCAGACAUCACUAAAAUUGUUAAAGAUCAAAUCAACGAACAAGUAAUCCAAGAAGCAGUAAUUGAGCAAGUUGUUUCACCUGUUGAAAGUAUAUUCGAAGAAUCACAACUUCAAUCAGAAACAAUUAUUCCUUCAAAUAUCACUGAAAUUGAUGAAGAUCGAAUUAAGGAACAAGUAAUCGAAGAAACAGUAAUUGAGCAAGCUAUAGCCCCUGUUGAAGGUAUAUUUGAAGAAUCACAACUUCAAUCAGAAACAAUUAUUACUUCAGAUAUCGCUGAAAUUGGUGAAGAUCAAAUUAAGGAACAAGUAAUCGAAGAAACAGUAAUUGAUCAACCUAUAACUCCUGCUGAAUGUAUAGUUGAAGAAUCACAACUUCAAUCAGAAACAACUAUUACUUCAGAUAUCGCUGAAAUGGGUGAAAAUCAAAUUAAGGAACAAGUAAUCGAAGAAACAGUAACUGAGCAAGCCAUGGCUCCUGCUGAAAGUAUAUUUGAAGAAUCACAACUUCAACCAGAAACAGUUGUUUUUUCAGAUAUCACUGAAAUUGAUUUAGAUCAAAUCAAAAAACAAAUAAUCGAAGAAACAGUAAUUGAGCCAAUUAUUGCACCUGUUGAAAGUAUAUUUGAAGAAUCACAACUUCUAUCAGAAACAAUUAUUAAUUCAGACAUCACUAAAAUUGUUGAAGAUCAAAUCAACGAACAAGUAAUCGAAGAAGCAGUAAUUGAGCAAGUUGUUUCACCUGUUGAAAGUAUAUUCGAAGAAUCACAACUUCAAUCAGAAACAAUUAUUCCUUCAAAUAUCACUGAAAUUUGUGAAGAUCAAAUCAAGGAACAAGUAAUCGGAGAAACAGCAAUUGAGCAAGCUAUAGCCCCAGUUGAAAGUAUAUUAAAAGAAUCACAACUUCAAUCAGAAACAAUUAUUCCUUCAGAUAUCACUGAAAUUGUUGAAGAUCAAAUCAAGGAACAAGUAAUCGAAGAAACAGUAAUUGAGCAAGCUAUAGCACAAGUUAGGUGUAUAUUAGAAGAAUCACAACUUCAAUCAGAAACAAUUAUUCCUUCAGAUAUCACUGAAAUUGGUGAAAAUCAAAUUAAGGAACAAGUAAUCGAAAAAACAGUAACUGAGCACGCCAUGGCUCCUGUUGAAAGUAUAUUUAAAGAAUCGCAACUUCAACCAGAAACAGUUGUUUCUUCAGAUAUCACUGAAAUUGAUGAAGAUCAAAUCAAGGAACAAGUAAUCGAAGAAACAGUAAUUGAGCAAGUUGUUGCACCUGUUGAAAGCAUUUUCGAAGAAUCACAACUUCAUUCAGAAACAAUUUUUCCUUCAAAUAUCACUGAAAUUUGUGAAGAUCAAAUCAAGGAACAAGUAAUCGAAGAAACAGUAAUUAAGCAAGCUAUUGCACCAGUUGAAAGUAAAUUAGAAGAAUCACAACUUCAAUCAGAAACAGUUAUUCCUUCAGAUAUCACUGAAUUAAGAAAAGAUCAAAUCAAAGAACAAGUAAUCGAAGAAACAGUAAUUGAUCAAGUUGUAGCCCCUGUUGAAAGUAUAUAUGAAGAAUUACAAUUUCAACCAGAAGCAAUUAUUCCUUUAGCUGUCACGGAAAUUAAAAAAGAGCCAAUCACCCAAGAAACAAUGGUUACAAGUUUAAUUGGAAAUCAAGAGUCUUUUGAAAAUUUCUUGAAUAAAGAGCAAAAUGAUGAAAAUCCAGAACAAUCAUUAAAUUUGGAAGUAAUACCUCAGCCGACAUUAAUAAUUGAUAGUAUUCAAGAUAUAAGUGGUGAUGAAAAUAAUGCCAAGUCAAAUGAUUUUAAGGAAAAAAAGAAAAGAAAGAGAGAUCGUGGAAAAGCUUUAAAAACUCAAGAUGAGAAAUUUACACCUAUUGUUGACCCUUUGAGUGUUUUUAAAAGAGUUGUUUUAAAAACUGAAAAUGUUUUACCCAAAUCUUUUGCUGAAAUUCUUGGCGAAAACCUUCCCGAAUCCAAGGUUGAAUCAAACAUUCUCAAACCAUCAUUAGAAACAAGUAAAAAACUUUCUUCACCUCUUUCUUUUGUAAGAACUGAUGAACCUAUUAUUCCGCCUGUAGUAAAAGAACAUGAAAUUGAAAUAAAUUUGGAAGAUCAGUCAGCAAUUCAUGCAAUUCAAAAUAUUAUGUCGGAAAUGGAUAAAACAAUGGAAAAAGAGUCAAUUACAGAACAUAAACCAAUAAAAGAGAAAAAAGCAAGAAAAGAAAAAUUUAAUAAAAAUAAAGAAAAUAAAAACAUCCAACUAGAAGUUGAGGGAGAGCCACAUAAAUCUGUGAAUAAAUCAAUAAUUGAAACAGAGACACACGAAAAUAUUUGGAAUCAGAAAAAGACCUAUGCAGAAGUUCUAACUGGAAAUGAUGGAAAACCAAUUAAGAAUGAUGAAAUAAAUGGCGCUAAACACAAAUCUUCUGUGAAAAAAGGCAUUAAACCAUCUGAAAUAGUUAAAGAAGAAUUUCCAGAUCAUAAAAUACCUCAUUUUGAAAACCUAUCGGUUCAAUCCACAAAUGAAGUAAAAUCACAAUCGAGUGCAGUUCAUCCUGUUAGUGUAGAUCCUGAUAAUUCAGUCGAUUUUAAGAAGGAUAUAGACCACAUGAACAAUACCACUUUUCUUGAAUCUGAGGAAAAAACAACGAAAAGGCAUUUAAGAAACAAACGGCCAGACAAGAAAUCACGUAAAGCCAUAAAAGAAAUAAGUGAAUAUCUUGAAAAAGAACAAGAAGUUUUGACAAUUGAAAAAGUAAUGAAGAAAGAUUCAACUGAAGAAUCAUCAAACUUUGAGCUCAAAACCACUAUACAGCAAACGUUAAACAUUAAUCUAAAGGAUGAGAAAGAAGUUUGUAAGAUCGAAAGAAACACACAAAAACACCAACAUACUGGAGAUGAAGAAAAGAAAACAAAAAUAAAGGAUUCUGAAAAGCGAGUAUCUAUGAAACCAAAUAGCAUCAGUGAAUCCAAUGACGAAGAGAUUAAAGUUUAUGCGGUUGAUCAAGAUAAUCCUAUUGAAGAAAAAUCAGUCCAAAAAAUUAAUAAUACAUGUCUAUUGCUAGAUGAAACAGCACAUAUUCCCAAAACACAUUUCAUAUCCAAUAAAUCUUUUGAUAUUGACAUUGAAAACGAAACUUUAAAAGUAGGUUUUAUAAAUGACGACAUUAAACAAACUGAAUCUGACGAAAAAGAAAUAGUUUUAGAGCAAUCUGAAACAGUAAUUGUUGACUAUAUAAUAACAGCUGAUACUGAGGCAUCGAAAAGUCCGGUAUCAAAAAUAUUUAGUAAAAUUACAACUAAAAUAACGUUGGAGAAACCAAAUAAAAGUGUAAGAACAAAAGAAAAACUACCAACAGAGGAAUAUCAGGCAGAUGAUAUUUCCAAAAAAACUAAGAACCAAAACUUAAACCCAAAACAAAUAGAAUCAAAUCAUAAAAUACAUCAAAAAGCAAUUUCUGAAGAACCAAAGAACAUAAACAGUCAAGAAAUUGCUCAAAUCAUAAUCCAACAAAAUGAUGAAAAAAAAGAAGAAAACGUCAUUGCAGAAAAAAUAUUUAAUAAACAUCACAAAGAUAAGGAAACAGCUAAAGAUUGGAAAAAAAAGAAAAAUCAAUAUGUUGCAUCGAGAUCGUCAGAUGCUGAAAAAGAAAUACCUGAUAAUAGUCUUACAACUUUCGCAAAAUCAAAUAAUACUUCAAGUGUAUUUGAUCUUGAUUUCUCUUUUGCAGAGGUAUUGAAAAAACAAUCGUUAAAUGAAUUAGACAACCUUAAGAAAGAGAAUCAAGAUGAUCUUGUAAUGCAAAAAACCAAAAACACACAAAAAGAUAAGGAACAACACGAUGAAAAUGUUUCAAAACUUUCAAAAACAAAAACUGAACAAGACUUCUCUAGUAUUGAAACAACGGAUACCACUUUGCAGAAAAGAAAAAUAAAAGUUCCUGAAGAAAAAAAUAAAAUCCAAAAAAAAAGAAAUUUAAGAAAAACAAAGUCAUUAGAUUAUGAAUGCAUUGCAAAAGAAAAACUAAGUGAAAAGUUCAGUGAGGAAGCUAUAGUUCCUAAAGAAAAUAAGUUCGCGAAAAAACAACUUGAUUCAGAACCAAAAAUUACUCCACAUAAUGCUGAAAUUAUUAAAAAUCAAAUCAAAGAACAAUUAAACGAAGAAAUUUUAAGAGAGGAAGAAAAAAUUCCAAUUAAAAGUAUAUUUAAAGAAUCCCAAUGUCAACCAGACACAAUUAUUCCUUCAGAUAUCACUGAAAUUGAUAAAGAUCAAUUCAAGGAACAAGUAAUCGAAGAAACAGGAACUGAGCAAGCUAAAGCACCUGUUCAACCAGAAUUAAUUAUUCCUUCAGAUAUCACUAAAACUUGUAAAGAAAAAAUUAAGGAACAAGGAGUUGAAGAAACAGUAAUUCAGCAAGCUAUAGCACAAGUUGAAAGUAUAUUAGAAGAAUCACAACUUCAAUCAGAAACAAUUAUUCCGUCAAAUAUCACUGAAAUUGGUGAAAAUAAAAUUAAGGAACAAGUAAUCGAAGAAACAAAAAUUGAGCUAACUAUAGCACCUGUUGAAAGUAUAUUAGAAGAAUCACAACUUCAAUCAGAAACAAUUAUUCCGUCAAAUAUCACUGAAAUUGGUGAAGAUCAAAUUAAACAACAAAUAAUCGAAGAAACAGUAACUGAGCAAGCUAUAGCCCCUGUUAAAAGUAUAUUAGAAGAAUCACAACUUCAAUCAAAAACAAUUAAUCCUUCAGAUAUCACUGAAAUUGAUAAAGAUCAAAUCAACGAACAAGAAAUCGAAGAAACAGUAAUUGAGCAAGCUAUAGCCCCUGUUGAAGGUAUAUCAAAAGAAUCACAACUUCAAUCAGAAACAAUUAUUCCUUCAAAUAUCACUGAAAUUGGUGAAGAUCAAAUUAAGGAACAAAUAAUCGAAGAAACAGUAAUUGAGCAAGUUAUAGCCCCUGUUAAAGGUAUAUUAGAAGAAUCACAACUUCAAUCAAAAACAAUUAUUCCUUCAGAUAUCACUGAAAUUGGUGAAGAUCAAAUCAACGAACAAGGAAUCGAAGAAACAGUAAUUGAGCAAGUUGUUGCACCUUUUGAAAGUAUAUUCGAAGAAUCACAUUUUCAAUCAGAAACAAUUAUUUCUUCAGAUAUCACUGAAAUUGAUGAAGAUCAAAUCAAGGAACAAGUAAUCGAAGAAACAGUAAUUAAGCAAGCUAUAACUCCUGCUGAAAGUAUAGUUGAAGAAUCACAACUUCAAUCAGAAACAAUUAAUUCUUCAGAUAUCAGUGAAAUUGAUGAAGAUCAAAUCAACGAACAAGGAAUCAAAGAAACAGUAAUUGAGCAAGUUGUUGCACCUGUUGAAAGUAUAUUAGAAGAUUCACAACUUCAACCAGAAACAGUUGUUUCUUCAGAUAUCACUGAAAUUGAUAAAGAUCAAAUUAAGGAACAAGUAAUCGAAGAAACAGUAAUUGAGCAAGCUAUAGCCCCUGUUGAAGGUAUAUUAGAAGAAUCACAACUUCAAUCAAAAACAAGUAUUCCUUCUGAUAUCACUAAAAUUAGUGAAGAUCAAAUUAAGGAACAAAUAAUCGAAGAAACAGUAAUUGAGCAAGCUUUAGCCCCUGUUGAAGGUAUAUCAAAAGAAUCACAACUUCAAUCAGAAACAAUUAUUCCUUCAAAUAUCACUGAAAUUGGUGAAGAUCAAAUUAAGGAACAAAUAAUCGAAGAAACAGUAAUUGAGCAAGUUAUAGCCCCUGUUAAAGGUAUAUUAGAAGAAUCACAACUUCAAUCAAAAACAAUUAUUCCUUCAGAUAUCACUGAAAUUGGUGAAGAUCAAAUCAACGAACAAGGAAUCGAAGAAACAGUAAUUGAGCAAGUUGUUGCACCUUUUGAAAGUAUAUUCGAAGAAUCACAACUUCAAUCAGAAACAAUUAUUUCUUCAGAUAUCACUGAAAUUGAUGAAGAUCAAAUUAAGGAACAAGUAAUCGAAGAAACAGUAAUUGAGCAAGCUAUAACUCCUGCUGAAAGUAUAGUUGAAGAAUCACAACUUCAAUCAGAAACAAUUAUUUCUUCAGAUAUCAAUGAAAUUGAUGAAGAUCAAAUCAACGAACAAGGAAUCGAAGAAACAGUAAUUGAGCAAGUUGUUGCACCUGUUGAAAGUAUAUUCGAAGAAUCACAACUUCAACCAGAAACAGUUGUUUCUUCAGAUAUCACUGAAAUUGAUGAAGAUCAAAUUAAGGAACAAGUAAUCGAAGAAACAGUAAUUGAGCAAGCUAUAGCCCCUGUUGAAAGUAUAUUAGAAGAAUCACAACUUCAACCAGAAUCAAAUAUUCCUUCUGAUAUUACUGAAAUUAGUGAUGAUCAAAUUAAGGAACAUGUAAUCGAAGAAACAGUAAUUGAGCAAGCUAUAGCCCCUGUUGAAGGUAUAUUAGAAGAAUCACAACUUCAAUCAAAAACAAUUAUUCCUUCAAACAUCACUGAAAUUGGUGAAGAUCAAAUUAAGGAACAAGUAAUCGAAGAAACAGUAACUGAGAAAGCUAUAGCACAAGUUGGGUGUAUAUUAGAAGAAUCACAACUUCAAUUAGAAACAAUUAUUCCUUCAGAUAUCACUGAAAUUGGUGAAGAUCAAAUUAAGGAACAAGUAAUCGAAGAAACAGUAACUGAGCAAGCUAUAGCACAAGUUGGGUGUAUAUUAGAAGAAUCAAAACUUCAAUCAGAAACAAUUAUUCCUUCAGAUAUCACUGAAAUUGGUGAAGAUCAAAUUAAGGAACAAGUAAUCGAAGAAACAGUAACUGAGCAAGCUAUAGCCACUGUUGAAGGUAUAUUAGAAGAAUCACAACUUCAAUCAGAAACAAAUAUUCCUUCUGAUAUUACUGAAAUUAGUGAAGAUCAAAUUAAGGAACAAGCAAUCGAAGAAACAGUAAUUGAGCAAGCUAAAACCACUGUUGAAGGUAUAUUAGAAGAAUCACAACUUCAAUUAGAAACAAUUAUUCCUUCAGAUAUCACUGAAAUUGGUGAAGAUCAAAUUAAGGAACAAGUAAUCGAAGAAACAGUAACUGAGCAAGCUAUAGCACAAGUUGAGUGUAUAUUAGAAGAAUCACAACUUCAAUCAGAAACAAUGAUUCCUUCAGAAAUUACUGAUAUUAGUGAAGAUCAAAUUAAGGAACAAGUAAUCGAAGAAACAGUAAUUGAGCAAGCUAAAACCCCUGUUGAAGAUAUAUUAGAAGAAUCACAACUUCAAUCAGAAACAAUUAUUCCUUCAGAUAUCACUGAAAUUGGUGAAGAUCAAAUUAAGGAACAAGUAAUCGAAGAAACAGUAACUGAGCAAGCUAUAGCACAAGUUGAGUGUAUAUUAGAAGAAUCACAACUUCAAUCAGAAACAAUGAUUCCUUCAGAUAUUACUGAUAUUAGUGAAGAUCAAAUUAAGGAACAAGUAAUCGAAGAAACAGUAAUUGAGCAAGCUAUAACCCCUGUUGAAGGUAUAUUAGAAAAAUCACAACUCCAAUCAGAAAUAAUUAUUCCUUCAGAUAUCAAUGAAAUUGGUGAAGAUCAAAUUAAGAAACAAGUAAUCGAAGAAACAGUAAUUGAGCAAACUAUAGCACCUAUUGAAAGUAUAUUAGAAGAAUCACAACUUCAAUCAGAAACAAGUAUUCCUUCAGAUAUCACUGAAAUUGAUGAAGAUCAAAUUAAGGAACAAGUAAUCGAAGAAACAGUAACUGAGCAAGUUAUAGCACAAGUUCGGUGUAUAUUAGAAGAAUCACAAAUUCAAUCAGAAACAAGUAUUCCUUCAGAUAUUACUGAAAUUGGUGAAGAUCAAAUUAAGGAACAAGUAAUCAUAAAAAAAGUAAUUGAGAAAGCUAUAGCCCCUGUUGAAGGUAUAUUAGAAGAAUCACAACUUCAAUCAGAAACAAUUAUUCCUUCAGAUAUCACUGAAAUUGGUGAAGAUCAAAUUAAGGAACAAGUAAUCGAAGAAACAGUAAUUGAGCAAGCUAUAACCCCUGUUAAAGAUAUAUCAGAAGAAUCACAACUCCAAUCAGAAAUAAUUAUUCCUUCAGAUAUCAAUGAAAUUGGUGAAGAUCAAAUUAAGAAACAAGUAAUCGAAGAAACAGUAGUUGAGCAAACUAUAACACCUAUUGAAAGUAUAUUAGAAGAAUCACAACAUCAAUCAGAAACAAAUAUUCCUUCAGAUAUCACUGAAAUUGGUGAAGAUCAAAUUAAGGAACAAGUAAUCGAAGAAACAGUAACUGAGCAAGCUAUAGCACAAGUUGAGUGUAUAUUAGAAGAAUCACAACUUCAAUCAGAAACAAUUAUUCCUUCAGAUAUUACUGAUAUUAGUGAAGAUCAAAUUAAGGAACAAGUAAUCGAAGAAACAGUAAUUGAGCAAGCUAUAACCGCUGUUGAAGAUAUAUUGGAAGAAUCACAACUUCAAUCAGAAACAAUUAUUCCCUCAGAUAUCAAUGAAAUUAGUGAAGAUCAAAUUAAGAAACAAGUAAUCGAAGAAACAGUAGUUGAGCAAACUAUAGCACCUAUUGAAAGUAUAUUAGAAGAAUCACAACUUCAAUCAGAAACAAAUAUUCCUUCAGAUAUCACUGAAAUUGGUGAAGAUCAAAUUAAGGAACAAGUAAUCGAAGAAACAGUAAUUAAGCAAGCUAUUGCACCAGUUGAAAGUAAAUUAGAAGAAUCACAACUUCAAUCAGAAACAGUUAUUCCUUCAGAUAUCACUAAAAUAAGAAAAGAUCAAAUCAAAGAACAAGUAAUCAAAGAAACAAAAACUGAGCAAGCCAUGGCUCCUGUUGAAAGUAUAAUAAAAGAAUUACAAUUUCAGCCAGAAACAAUUAUUCAUUUAUCUCUCACGGAAAUUAAAAAAGAGCCAAUCACCCAAGAAACACUGGUUACAAGUUUAAUUGGAAAUCAAGAGUCUUUUGAAAAUUUCUUGAAUAAAGAGCAAAAUGAUGAAAAUCUAGAUCAAUCAUUGAAUUUGGAAGUAAUACCUCAGCCGACAUUAAUAAUUGAUAGUAUUCAAGAUAUAAGUGGUGAUGAAUAUAAUGCCAAGUCAAAUGAUUUUAAGGAAAAAAAGAAAAGAAAGAGAGAUCGUGGAAAAGCUUUAAAAACUCAAGAUGAGAAAUUUACACCUAUUGUUGACCCUUUGAGUGUUUUUAAAAGAGUUGUUUUAAAAACUGAAAAUGUUUUACCCAAAUCUUUUGCUGAAAUUCUUGGCGAAAACCUUCCCGAAUCCAAGGUUGAAUCAAACAUUCUCAAACCAUCAUUAGAAACAAUAAAAGAACAUGAAAUUGAAAUAAAUUUGGAAGAUCAGUCAGCAAUUCAUGCAAUUCAAAAUAUUAUGUCGGAAAUGGAUAAAACAAUGGAAAAAGAGUCAAUUACAGAACAUAAACCAAUAAAAGAGAAAAAAGCAAGAAAAGAAAAAUUUAAUAAAAAUAAAGAAAAUAAAAACAUCCAACUAGAAGUUGAGGGAGAGCCACAUAAAUCUGUGAAUAAAUCAAUAAUUGAAACAGAGACACACGAAAAUAUUUGGAAUCAGAAAAAGACCUAUGCAGAAGUUCUAACUGGAAAUGAUGGAAAACCAAUUAAGAAUGAUGAAAUAAAUGGCGCUAAACACAAAUCUUCUGUGAAAAAAGGCAUUAAACCAUCUGAAAUAGUUAAAGAAGAAUUUCCAGAUCCUAAAAUACCUCAUUUUGAAAACCUAUCGGUUCAAUCCACAAAUGAAGUAAAAUCACAAUCGAGUGCAGUUCUUCCUGUUAGUGUAGAUCCUGAUAAUUCAGUCGAUUUUAAGAAGGAUAUAGACCACAUGAACAAUACCACUUUUCUUGAAUCUGAGGAAAAAACAACUAAAAGGCAUUUAAGAAACAAACGGCCAGACAAGAAAUCACGUAAAGCCAUAAAAGAAAUAAGUGAAUAUCUUGAAAAAGAACAAGAAGUUUUAACAAUUGAAAAAGUCGUGGAGAAAGAUUCAACUGAAGAAUCAUCAAACUUAGAGCUCAAUACUACUAUAAAGGAUGAAAAAGAAAUUUGUAAUAUUGAAGGAGCUUCUGAAAAUGUACCUGACAAAGAUGAUAAAGCAAAAAUAGAAAAGGUAAUUGCUGAAAAGAUAAAGGCAGCGACUCUCUCUCCUAAUACUGCAGAGACACAAUGUGAACAAGAAAAAAUCAUUUCUUCACAAAUUACUGAAAUUGGUAAAGAUCAAAUCAAGCAUCAAGUAAUCAAAGAAACAGUAAUUGAACAAGCCAUGGCUCCUGUUGAAAGUAUAUUUGAAGAAUUACAACUUCAACAAGAAACAGUUGUUCCUUCAGAUAUCACUAAAAUUGGUGAAGAUCAAAUUAAGGAACAAGUAAUCGAAGAAACAGUAAUUGAACAAGCCAUGGCUCCUGUUGAAAGUAUAUUUGAAGAAUUACAACUUCAACAAGAAACAGUUAUACCAUUAGACAUCACAGAAAUUGGUGAAGAUCAAAUUAAGAAACAAGAAAUCGAAAAAACAGUAAUUGAGCAAGCUAUAGCACCUGUUGAAAGUAAAUUAGAAGAAUCACAACAUCAAUCAAAAACAUAUAUUCCUUCAGAUAUCACUGAAAUUGGUGAAGAUCAAAUUAAGGAACAAGUAAUCGAAGAAACAGUAAUUGAGCAAGCUAUAGCCACUGUUGAAGGUAUAUUAGAAGAAUCACAACUUCAAUCAGAAACAGUUAUUCCUUCAGAUAUCACUGAAAUUGGUGAAGAUCAAAUUAAGGAACAAGUAAUCGAAGAAACAGUAAUUGAGCAAGCUAUAGCCCCUGUUGAAAGUAUAUUACAAGAAUCACAAAUUCAAUCAGAAUCAAAUAUUCCUUCUGAUAAUACUGAAAUUAAUGAAGAUCAAAUUAAGGAACAAGUAAUCGAAGACACAGUAAUUGAGCAAGCUAUAGCCCCUUUUGAAGGUAUAUAUAAAGAAUCGCAACUUCAACAAGAAACAAUUAUUCCUUCUGAUAUCACUGAAAUUGGUGAAGAUCAAAUUAAGGAACAAGUAAUCGAAGAAACACUUAUUGAGCAAGCUAUAGCUCCUGUUGAAGGUAUAUUAGAAGAAUCACAACUUCAAUCAGAAACAAAUAUUCCUUCUGAUAUUACUGAAAUUGGUGAAGAUCAAAUUAAGGAACAAGUAAUCGAAGAAACAGUAAUUAAGCAAGCUAUAGCCCCUGUUGAAGGUAAAUUAGAAGAAUCACAACUUCAAUCAGAAACAAUUAUUCCUUCUGAUAUUACUGAAAUUAGUGAAGAUCAAAUUAAGGAACAAGUAAUCGGAGAAACACUUAUUGAGCAAGCUAUAGCUCCUGUUGAAGGUAUAUUAGAAGAAUCACAACUUCAAUCAGAAACAAAUAUUCCUUCUGAUAUUACUGAAAUUGGUGAAGAUCAAAUUAAGGAACAAGUAAUCGAAGAAACAGUAAUUAAGCAAGCUAUAGCCCCUGUUGAAAGUAUAUUAGAAGAAUCACAACUUCAAUCAGAAACAAUUAUUCCUUCUGAUAUCACUGAAAUUGGUGAAGAUCAAAUUAAGGAACAAGUAAUCGAAGAAACAGUAACUGAGCAAACUUUAGCACCUGUUGAACGUUUAUUAGAAGAAUCACUACUUCAAUUAGAAACAGUUAUUCCUUCUGAUAUCACUGAAAUUAGUGAAGAUCAAAUUAAGGAACAAGUAAUCGAAGAAACAGUAACUGAGCAAGCCAUGGCUCCUGUUGAAAGAAUAUUAGAAGAAUCACAACUUCAAUCAGAAACAAUUAUUCCUUCAGAUAUCACUGAAAUUAGUGAAGAUCAAAUUAAGGAACAAGUAAUCGAAGAAACAGUAACUGAGCAAGCCAUGGCUCCUGUUGAAAGGAUAUUAGAAGAAUCACAACUUCAAUCAGAAACAAUUAUUCCUUCAGAUAGAACUGAAAUUGGUGAAGAUCAAAUUAAGGAACAAGUAAUCGAAGAAACAGUAACUGAGCAAGCCAUGGCUCCUGUUGAAAGGAUAUUAGAAGAAUCACAACUUCAAUCAGAAACAAUUAUUCCUUCAGAUAUCACUAAAAUUGGUGAAGAUCAAAUUAAGGAACAAGUAAUCGAAGAAACAGUAACUGAGCAAACUUUAGCACCUGUUGAACGUUUAUUAGAAGAAUCACAACUUCAAUUAGAAACAGUUAUUCCUUCUGAUAUCACUGAAAUUAGUGAAGAUCAAAUUAAGGAACAAGUAAUCGAAGAAACAGUAACUGAGCAAGCCAUGGCUCCUGUUGAAAGUAUAUUAGAAGAAUCACAACUUCAAUCAGAAACAGUUAUUCCUUCUGAUAUUACUGAAAUUAGUGAAGAUCAAAUUAAGAAACAAGUAAUCGAAGACACAGUAAUUGAGCAAGCUAUAGCCCCUGUUGAAGGUAUAUUAGAAGAAUCACAACUUCAAUCAGAAACAAAUAUUCCUUUUGAUAUUAAUAAAAUUGGUGAAGAUCAAGUUAAGGAACAAGUAGUCGAAGACACAGUAAUUGAGCAAGCUAAAACCACUGUUGAAGGUAUAUUAGAAGAAUCACAACUUCAAUUAGAAACAAUUAUUCCUUCAGAUAUCACUGAAAUUGGUGAAGAUCAAAUUAAGGAACAAGUAAUCGAAGAAACAGUAACUGAGCAAGCUAUAGCCCCUGUUGAAAAUAUAUCAGAAGAAUCACAACUUCAAUCAGAAACAAUUAUUCCUUCAGAUAUCACUGAAAUUGGUGAAGAUCAAAUUAAGGAACAAGUAAUCGAAGAAACAGUAAUUGAGCAAGCUAUAACCGCUGUUGAAGGUAUAUUAGAAGAAUCACAACUUCAAUCAGAAACAAUUAUUCCUUCUGAUAUCACUGAAAUUGGUGAAGAUCAAAUUAAGGAACAAGUAAUCGAAGAAACAGUAAUUGAGCAAGCUAUAGCCUCUGUUGAAGGUAUGUUAGAAGAAUCACAACUCCAAUCAGAAACAGUUAUCCCUUCAGAUAUCACUGAAAUUGAUGAAGAUCAAAUUAAGGAACAAGUAAUCGAAGACACAGUAAUUGAGCAAGCUAAAACCACUGUUGAAGGUAUAUUAGAAGAAUCACAACUUCAAUUAGAAACAAUUAUUCCUUCAGAUAUCACUGAAAUUGGUGAAGAUCAAAUUAAGGAACAAGUAAUCGAAGAAACAGUAACUGAGCAAGCUAUAGCACAAGUUGGGUGUAUAUUAGAAGAUUCACAACUUCAAUCAGAAACAUUUAUUCCUUCAGAUAUCACUGAAAUUGGUGAAGAUCAAAUUAAGGAACAAGUAAUCGAAGAAACAGUAAUUGAGCAAGCUAUAGCCCCUGUUGAAGAUAUAUUAGAAGAAUCACAACUUCAAUCAGAAACAAGUAUUCCUUCAGAUAUCACUGAAAUUGGUGAAGAUCAAAUUAAGGAACAAGUAAUCAAAGAAACAUUAACUGAGCAAGCUAUAGCACCUGUUGAAGGUAUAUUAGAAGAAUCACAACUUCAAUCAGAAACAAAUAUUCCUUCUGAUAUCACUGAAAUUAGUGAAGAUCAAAUUAAGGAACAAGUAAUCGAAGAAACAGUAAUUGAGCAAGCUAUAGCCACUGUUGAAGGUAUAUUAAAAGAAUCACAACUUCAAUCAGAAACAAUUAUUCCUUCUGAAAUCACUGAAAUUGGUGAAGAUCAAAUUAAGGAACAAGUAAUCGAAGAAACAGUAAUUGAGCAAGCUAUAGCCCCUGUUGAAGGUAUAGUACAAGAAUUACAACUUCAAUCAGAAACAAUUAUUCCUUCUGAUAUCAUUGAAAUUGGUGAAGAUCAAAUUAAGGAACAAGUAAUCGAAGAAACAGUAACUGAGCAAACUUUAGCACCUGUUGAACGUUUAUUAAAAGAAUCACAACUUCAAUUAGAAACAGUUAUUCCUUCUGAUAUCACUGAAAUUGGUGAAGAUCAAAUUAAGGAACAAGUAAUCGAAGAAACAGUAACUGAGCAAGCCAUGGCUCCUGUUGAAAGGAUAUUAGAAGAAUCACAACUUCAAUCAGAAACAAUUAUUCCUUCAGAUAUCACUGAAAUUGGUGAAGAUCAAAUUAAGGAACAAGUAAUCGAAGAAACAGUAACUGAGCAAACUUUAGCACCUGUUGAACGUUUAUUAGAAGAAUCACAACUUCAAUUAGAAACAGUUAUUCCUUCUGAUAUCACUGAAAUUAGUGAAGAUCAAAUUAAGGAACAAGUAAUCGAAGAAACAGUAACUGAGCAAACUUUGGCACCUGUUGAAUGUUUAUUAGAAGAAUCACAACUUCAAUUAGAAACAGUUAUUCCUUCUGAUAUCACUGAAAUUAGUGAAGAUCAAAUUAAGGAACAAGUAAUCGAAGAAACAGUAACUGAGCAAGCCAUGGCUCCUGUUGAAAGGAUAUUAGAAGAAUCACAACUUCAAUCAGAAACAAUUAUUCCUUCAGAUAUCACUGAAAUUAGUGAAGAUCAAAUUAAGGAACAAGUAAUCGAAGAAACAGUAACUGAGCAAACUAUAGCACCUGUUGAAAGUAAAUUAGAAGAAUCACAACUUCAAUCAGAAACAAUUAUUCCUUCAGAUAUCACUGAAAUUAGUGAAGAUCAAAUUAAGGAACAAGUAAUCGAAGAAACAGUAACUGAGCAAGCCAUGACUACUGUUGAAAGGAUAUUAGAAGAAUCACAACUUCAAUCAGAAACUGUUAUUCCUUCAGAUAUCACUGAAAUAAGAAAAGAUCAAAUCAAAGAACAAGUAAUCAAAGAAACAAAAACUGAGCAAGCCAUGACUCCUGUUGAAAGGAUAUUAGAAGAAUCACAACUUCAAUUAGAAACAGUUAUUCCUUCUGAUAUCACUGAAAUUAGUGAAGAUCAAAUUAAGGAACAAGUAAUCGAAGAAACAGUAACUGAGCAAGCCAUGGCUCCUGUUGAAAGGAUAUUAGAAGAAUCACAACUUCAAUCAGAAACAAUUAUUCCUUCAGAUAUCACUGAAAUUAGUGAAGAUCAAAUUAAGGAACAAGUAAUCGAAGAAACAGUAACUGAGCAAACUAUAGCACCUGUUGAAAGUAAAUUAGAAGAAUCACAACUUCAAUCAGAAACAAUUAUUCCUUCAGAUAUCACUGAAAUUAGUGAAGAUCAAAUUAAGGAACAAGUAAUCGAAGAAACAGUAACUGAGCAAGCCAUGACUCCUGUUGAAAGGAUAUUAGAAGAAUCACAACUUCAAUCAGAAACAAUUAUUCCUUCAGAUAUCACUGAAAUUGGUGAAGAUCAAAUUAAGGAACAAGUAAUCGAAGAAACAGUAACUGAGCAAACUUUAGCACCUGUUGAACGUUUAUUAGAAGAAUCACAACUUCAAUCAGAAACAGUUAUUCUUUCAGAUAUCACUGAAAUAAGAAAAGAUCAAAUCAAAGAACAAGUAAUCAAAGAAACAAAAACUGAGCAAGCCAUGGCUCCUGUUGAAAGUAUAAUAAAAGAACUACAAUUACAGCCAGAAACAAUUAUUCGUUUAUCUGUCACGGAAAUUAAAAAAGAGCCAAUCACCCAAGAAACACUGGUUACAAGUUUAAUUGGAAAUCAAGAGUCUUUUGAAAAUUUCUUGAAUAAAGAGCAAAAUGAUGAAAAUCUAGAUCAAUCAUUGAAUUUGGAAGUAAUACCUCAGCCGACAUUAGUAAUUGAUAGUAUUCAAGAUAUGAGUGGUGAUACAGACAAUGCCAAGUCGAAUGAUUUUAAGGAAAAAAAGAAAAGAAAGAGAGAUCGUGGAAAAGCUUUAAAAACUCAAGAUGAGAAAUUUACACCUAUUGUUGACCCUUUGAGUGUUUUUAAAAGAGUUGUUUUAAAAACUGAAAAUGUUUUACCCAAAUCUUUUGCUGAAAUUCUUGGCGAAAACCUUCCCGAAUCCAAGGUUGAAUCAAACAUUCUCAAACCAUCAUUAGAAACAAGUAAAAAACUUUCUUCACCUCUUUCUUUUGUAAGAACUGAUGAACCUAUUAUUCCGCCUGUAGUAAAAGAACAUGAAAUUGAAAUAAAUUUGGAAGAUCAGUCAGCAAUUCAUGCAAUUCAAAAUAUUAUGUCGGAAAUGGAUAAAACAAUGGAAAAAGAGUCAAUUACAGAACAUAAACCAAUAAAAGAGAAAAAAGCAAGAAAAGAAAAAUUUAAUAAAAAUAAAGAAAAUAAAAACAUCCAACUAGAAGUUGAGGGAGAGCCACAUAAAUCUGUGAAUAAAUCAAUAAUUGAAAAAGAGACACACGAAAGUAUUUGGAAUCAGAAAAAGACCUAUGCAGAAGUUCUAACUGGAAAUGAUGGAAAACCAAUUAAGAAUGAUGAAAUAAAUGGCGCUAAACACAAAUCUUCAGUGAAAAAAGGCAUUGAAUCAUCUGAAAUAGUUAAAGAAGAAUUUCCAGAUCCUAAAAUACCUCAUUUUGAAAACCUAUCGGUUCAAUCCACAAAUGAAGUAAAAUCACAAUCGAGUGCAGUUCUUCCUGUUAGUGUAGAUCCUGAUAAUUCAGUCGAUUUUAAGAAGGAUAUAGACCACAUGAACAAUACCACUUUUCUUGAAUCUGAGGAAAAAACAACUAAAAGGCAUUUAAGAAACAAACGGCCAGACAAGAAAUCACGUAAAGCCAUUAAAGAAAUAAGUAAAUAUCUUGAAAAAGAACAAGAAGUUUUAACAAUUGAAAAAGUCGUGGAGAAAGAUUCAACUGAAGAAUCAUCAAACUUAGAGCUCAAUACUACUAUAAAGGAUGAGAAAAAAUUUUGUAGUAUUGAAGAAGCUUCUGAAAAUGUACCUGACAAAGAUGAUGAAUCAAAAAUAGAAAAGGUAAUUGCUGAAAAGAUAAAGGCAGCGACUCUCUCUCCUAAUACUGGAGAGACACAAUGUGAACAAGAAAAAAUCAUUUCUUCAAAAAUUACUGAAAUUGGUAAAGAUCAAAUCAAGCAUCAAGUAAUCAAAGAAACAGUAAUUGAACAAGCCAUGGCUCCUGUUGAAAGUAUAUUUGAAGAAUUACAACUUCAACAAGAAACAGUUGUUCCUUCAGAUAUCACUAAAAUUGGUGAAGAUCAAAUUAAGGAACAAGUAAUCGAAGAAACAGUAAUUGAGCAAGCUAUAGCCUCUGUUGAAGGAAUUUUAGAAGAAUCACAACUCCAAUCAGAAACAGUUAUCCCUUCAGAUAUCACUGAAAUUGAUGAAGAUCAAAUUAAGGAACAAGUAAUCGAAGAAACAGUAAUUGAGCAAGCUAUAGCCCCUGUUGAAGGUAUAUUAGAAGAAUCACAACUUCAAUUAGAAACAGUUAUUCCAUCAGAUAUCACUGAAAUUGGUGAAGAUCAAAUUAAGGAACAAGUAAUCGAAGAAACAGUAAUUGAGCAAACUAUAGCCCCUGUUGAAGGUAUAUUAGAAGAAUCACAACUUCAAUCAGAAACAAAUAUUCCUUCUGAUAUUACUGAAAUUAUUGAAGAUCAAAUUAAGGAACAAGUAAUCGAAGACACAGUAAUUGAGCAAGCUAAAACCACUGUUGAAUGUAUAUUAGAAGAUUCACAACUUCAAUUAGAAACAAUUAUUCCUUCAGAUAUCAAUGAAGUUGGUAAAGAUCAAAUUAAGAAGAAACAAGAAAUCGAAGAAACAGUAAUUGAGCAAGCUAUAGCCUCUGUUGAAGGAAUUUUAGAAGAAUCACAACUCCAAUCAGAAACAGUUAUCCCUUCAGAUAUCACUGAAAUUGAUGAAGAUCAAAUUAAGGAACAAGUAAUCGAAGAAACAGUAAUUGAGCAAGCUAUAGCCCCUUCUGAAGGUAUAUUAGAAGAAUCACAACUCCAAUCAGAAACAGUUAUCCCUUCAGAUAUCACUGAAAUUGAUGAAGAUCAAAUUAAGGAACAAGUAAUCAAAGAAACAGUUAUUGAGCAAGCUAAAGCACAAGUUGAAAGUAAAUUAGAAGAAUCACAACUUCAAGCAGAAACAGUUAUUCCUUCAGAUAUCACUGAAAUUGGUGAAGAUCAAAUUAAGGAACAAGUAAUCGAAGAAACAGUAAUUGAGCAAGCUAUAGCCUCUGUUGAAGGAAUUUUAGAAGAAUCACAACUCCAAUCAGAAACAGUUAUCCCUUCAGAUAUCACUGAAAUUGAUGAAGAUCAAAUUAAGGAACAAGUAAUCGAAGAAACAGUAAUUGAGCAAGCUAUAGCCCCUGUUGAAGGUAUAUUAGAAGAAUCACAACUUCAAUUAGAAACAGUUAUUCCAUCAGAUAUCACUGAAAUUGGUGAAGAUCAAAUUAAGGAACAAGUAAUCGAAGAAACAGUAAUUGAGCAAACUAUAGCCCCUGUUGAAGGUAUAUUAGAAGAAUCACAACUUCAAUCAGAAACAAAUAUUCCUUCUGAUAUUACUGAAAUUAUUGAAGAUCAAAUUAAGGAACAAGUAAUCGAAGACACAGUAAUUGAGCAAGCUAAAACCACUGUUGAAUGUAUAUUAGAAGAUUCACAACUUCAAUUAGAAACAAUUAUUCCUUCAGAUAUCACUGAAAUUGGUAAAGAUCAAAUUAAGGAACAAGUAAUCGAAGAAACAGUAAUUGAGCAAGCUAAAGCCCCUGUUGAAGGUAUAUUAGAAGAAUCACAACUUCAGGCAGAAACAAUUAUUCCUUCUGAUAUCACUGAAAUUGGUGAAGAUCAAAUUAAGGAAGAAGUAAUCGAAGAAACAGUAAUUGAGCAAGCUAUAGCCUCUGUUGAAGGUAUAUUAGAAGAAUCACAACUCCAAUCAGAAACAGUUAUCCCUUCAGAUAUCACUGAAAUUGAUGAAGAUCAAAUUAAAAAACAAGUUAUCGAAGGAACAGUAAUUGAGCAAGCUAUAGCCCCUGUUGAAGGUAUAUUAGAAGAAUCACAACUUCAAUUAGAAACAGUUAUUCCAUCAGAUAUCACUGAAAUUGGUGAAGAUCAAAUUAAGGAACAAGUAAUCGAAGAAACAGUAACUGAGCAAGCUAUAGCCCCUGUUGAAGGUAUAUUAGAAGAAUCACAACUUCAAUCAGAAACAAAUAUUCCUUCUGAUAUUACUGAAAUUAGUGAAGAUCAAAUUAAGGAACAAGUAAUCGAAGAAACAGUAAUUGAGCAAGCUAUAGCCUCUGUUGAAGGUAUGUUAGAAGAAUCACAACUCCAAUCAGAAACAGUUAUUCCUUCUGAUAUCACUGAAAUUGGUGAAGAUCAAAUUAAGGAACAAGUAAUCGAAGAAACAGUAAUUGAGCAAGCUAUAGCCUCUGUUGAAGAUAUCACUGAAAUUGGUGAAGAUCAAAUUAAGGAACAAGUAAUCGAAGAAACAGUAAUUGAGCAAGCUAUAGCCCCUGUUGAAGGUAUAUUAGAAGAAUCACAACUUCAAUUAGAAACAGUUAUUCCAUCAGAUAUCACUGAAAUUGGUGAAGAUCAAAUUAAGGAACAAGUAAUCGAAGAAACAGUAAUUAAGCAAGCUAUAGCCCCUGUUGAAAGUAUAUUACAAGAAUCACAACUUCAAUCAGAAACAAAUAUUCCUUCUGAUAUUACUGAAAUUAGUGAAGAUCAAAUUAAGGAACAAGUAAUCGAAGACACAGUAAUUGAGCAAGCUAAAACCACUGUUAAAUGUAUAUUAGAAGAUUCACAACUUCAAUUAGAAACAAUUAUUCCUUCAGAUAUCACUGAAAUUGGUGAAGAUCAAAUUAAGGAACAAGUAAUCGAAGAAACAGUAAUUGAGCAAGCUAUAGCCCCUGUUGAAGGUAUAUUAGAAGAAUCACAACUUCAAGCAGAAACAAUUAUUCCUUCAGAUAUCACUGAAAUUGGUAAAGAUCAAAUUAAGGAACAAGUAAUCGAAGAAACAGUAAUUGAGCAAGCUAUAAUUGCUGUUGAAGGUAUAUUAGAAGAAUCACAACUUCAAUCAGAAACAAUUAUUCCUUCUGAUAUCACUGAAAUUGAUGAAGAUCAAAUUAAAAAACAAGUUAUCGAAAAAACAGUAAUUGAGCAAGCUAUAGCCUCUGUUGAAGGUGUGUUAGAAGAAUCACAAUUCCAAUCAGAAACAGUUAUCCCUUCAGAUAUCACUGAAAUUGAUGAAGAUCAAAUUAAGGAACAAGUAAUCGAAGAAACAGUAAUUGAGCAAGCUAUAACCGCUGUUGAAGGUAUAUUAGAAGAAUCACAACUUCAAUCAGAAUCAAAUAUUCCUUCUGAUAUUACUGAAAUUAGUAAAGAUCAAACUAAGGAGCAAGUAAUCAAAGAAACAGUAAUUGAGCAAGCUAUAGCCCCUGUUGAAGGUAUAUUAGAAGAAUCACAACUUCAAUCAGAAACAAAUAUUCCUUCUGAUAUCACUGAAAUUGGUGAAGAUCAAAUUAAGGAACAAGUAAUCAAAGACACAGUAAUUGAGCAAGCUAUAGCCCCUGUUGAAAGUAUAUUACAAGAAUUACAACUUCAAUCAGAAACAAUUAUUCCUUCUGAUAUUACUGAAAUUAGUGAAGAUCAAAUUAAGGAACAUUUAAUCAAAGAAACAGUAACUGAGCAAGCUAUAGCCUCUGUUGAAGGUAUAUUAGAAGAAUCACAACUUCAAUCAGAAACAAAUAUUCCUUCUGAUAUCACUGAAAUUGGUGAAGAUCAAAUUAAGGAACAAGUAAUCGAAGAAACAGUAAUUGAGCAAGCUAUAGUCCCUGUUGAAGGUAUAUUAGAAGAGUCACAACUUCAAUCAGAAACAAUUAUUCCUUCAGAUAUCACUGAAAUUGGUGAAGAUCAAAUUGAGGAGAUAGUAAUCGAAGAAACAGUAAUUGAGCAAGCUAUAGCCUCUGUUGAAGGUAUAUUAGAAGAAUCACAACUCCAAUCAGAAACAGUUAUCCCUUCAGAUAUCACUGAAAUUGAUGAAGAUCAAAUUAAAAAACAAGUUAUCAAAGAAACAGUAAUUGAGCAAGCUAAAACCACUGUUGAAUGUAUAUUAGAAGAUUCACAACUUCAAUUAGAAACAAUUAUUUCUUCAGAUAUCACUGAAAUUGGUGAAGAUCAAAUUAAGGAACAAGUAAUCGAAGAAACAGUAAUUGAGCAAGCUAUAGCCCCUGUUGAAGGUAUAUUAGAAGAAUCACAACUUCAAGCAGAAACAAUUAUUCCUUCUGAUAUCACUGAAAUUGGUGAAGAUCAAAUUAAGGAACAAGUAAUCGAAGAAACAGUAAUUGAGCAAGCUAUAGCCCCUGUUGAAGGUAUAUUAGAAGAAUCCCAACUUCAAGCAGAAACAAUUAUUCCUUCUGAUAUCACUGAAAUUGGUGAAGAUCAAAUUAAGGAACAAGUAAUCGAAGAAACAGUAAUUGAGCAAGCUAUAGCCCCUGUUGAAAGUAUAUUACAAGAAUCACAACUUCAAUCAGAAUCAAAUAUUCCUUCUGAUAUUACUGAAAUUAGUGAAGAUCAAACUAAGGAACAAGUAAUCAAAGAAACAGUAAUUGAGCAAGCUAUAGCCCCUGUUGAAGGUAUAUUAGAAGAAUCACAACUUCAAUCAGAAACAAUUAUUCCUUCUGAUAUUACUGAAAUUAGUGAAGAUCAAAUUAAGGAACAUUUAAUCAAAGAAACAGUAACUGAGCAAGCUAUAGCCUCUGUUGAAGGUAUAUUAGAAGAAUCACAACUUCAAUCAGAAACAAAUAUUCCUUCUGAUAUCACUGAAAUUGGUGAAGAUCAAAUUAAGGAACAAGUAAUCGAAGAAACAGUAAUUGAGCAAGCUAUAGCCCCUGUUGAAGGUAUAUUAGAAGAAUCACAACUUCAAUCAGAAACAAAUAUUCCUUCUGAUAUUACUGAAAUUAGUGAAGAUCAAAUUAAGGAACAAGUAAUCGAUGACACAGUAAUUAAGCAAGUUAAAACCACUGUUGAAUGUAUAUUAGAAGAUUCACAACUUCAAUUGGAAACAAUUAUUCCUUCAGAUAUCACUGAAAUUGGUGAAGAUCAAAUUAAGGAACAAGUAAUCGAAGAAACAGUAACUGAGCAAGCUAUAGACCCUGUUGAAGGUAUAUUAGAAGAAUCCCAACUUCAAGCAGAAACAAUUAUUCCUUCUGAUAUCACUGAAAUUGGUGAAGAUCAAAUUAAGGAACAAGUAAUCGAAGAAACAGUAAUUGAGCAAGCUAUAGCCCCUGUUGAAAGUAUAUUACAAGAAUCACAACUUCAAUCAGAAUCAAAUAUUCCUUCUGAUAUUACUGAAAUUAGUGAAGAUCAAAUUAAGGAACAAGUAAUCGAAGAAACAGUAAUUGAGCAAGCUAUAGCCCCUGUUGAAAGUAUAUUACAAGAAUCACAACUUCAAUCAGAAACAAUUAUUCCUUCUGAUAUUACUGAAAUUAGUGAAGAUCAAAUUAAGGAACAUUUAAUCAAAAUAACAGUAACUGAGCAAGCUAUAGCCUCUGUUGAAGGUAUAUUAGAAGAAUCACAACUUCAAUCAGAAACAAAUGUUCCUUCUGAUAUUACUGAAAUUAGUGAAGAUCAAAUUAAGGAACAAGUAAUUGAUGACACAGUAAUUGAGCAAGCUAUAGCCCCUGUUGAAGGUAUAUUAGAAGAAUCACAACUUCAAUCAGAAACAAAUAUUCCUUCUGAUAUUACUGAAAUUAGUGAAGAUCAAAUUAAGGAACAAGUAAUUGAUGACACAGUAAUUGAGCAAGCUAAAACCACUGUUGAAUGUAUAUUAGAAGAUUCACAACUUCAAUUAGAAACAAUUAUUCCUUCAGAUAUCACUGAAAUUGGUGAAGAUCAAAUUAAGGAACCAGUAAUCGAAGACACAGUAAUUGAGCAAGCUAUAGCCCCUGUUGAAAGUAUAUUACAAGAAUCACAACUUCAAUCAGAAACAAUUAUUCCUUCUGAUAUUACUGAAAUUAGUGAAGAUCAAAUUAAGGAACAUUUAAUCAAAGAAACAGUAACUGAGCAAGCUAUAGCCUCUGUUGAAGGAAUAUUAGAAGAAUCACAACUUCAAUCAGAAACAAAUAUUCCUUCUGAUAUCACUGAAAUUGGUGAAGAUCAAAUUAAGGAACAAGUAAUCGAAGAAACAGUAAUUGAGCAAGCUAUAGCCCCUGUUGAAGGUAUAUUAGAAGAAUCACAACUUCAAUCAGAAACAAAUAUUCCUUCUGAUAUUACUGAAAUUAGUGAAGAUCAAAUUAAGGAACAAGUAAUCGAUGACACAGUAAUUGAGCAAGCUAAAACCACUGUUGAAUGUAUAUUAGAAGAUUCACAACUUCAAUUGGAAACAAUUAUUCCUUCAGAUAUCACUGAAAUUGGUGAAGAUCAAAUUAAGGAACAAGUAAUCGAAGAAACAGUAUUUGAGCAAGCUAUAGACCCUGUUGAAGGUAUAUUAGAAGAAUCCCAACUUCAAGCAGAAACAAUUAUUCCUUCUGAUAUCACUGAAAUUGGUGAAGAUCAAAUUAAGGAACAAGUAAUCGAAGAAACAGUAUUUGAGCAAGCUAUAGACCCUGUUGAAGGUAUAUUAGAAGAAUCCCAACUUCAAGCAGAAACAAUUAUUCCUUCUGAUAUCACUGAAAUUGGUGAAGAUCAAAUUAAGGAACAAGUAAUCGAAGAAACAGUAAUUGAGCAAGCUAUAGACCCUGUUGAAGGUAUAUUAGAAGAAUCCCAACUUCAAGCAGAAACAAUUAUUCCUUCUGAUAUCACUGAAAUUGGUGAAGAUCAAAUUAAGGAACAAGUAAUCGAAGAAACAGUAAUUGAGCAAGCUAUAGCCCCUGUUGAAAGUAUAUUACAAGAAUCACAACUACAAUCAGAAUCAAAUAUUCCUUCUGAUAUUACUGAAAUUAGUGAAGAUCAAACUAAGGAACAAGUAAUCAAAGAAACAGUAAUUGAGCAAGCUAUAGCCCCUGUUGAAGGUAUAUUAGAAGAAUCACAACUUCAAUCAGAAACAAUUAUUCCUUCUGAUAUUACUGAAAUUAGUGAAGAUCAAAUUAAGGAACAUUUAAUCAAAGAAACAGUAACUGAGCAAGCUAUAGCCUUUGUUGAAGGUAUAUUAGAAGAAUCACAACUUCAAUCAGAAACAAAUGUUCCUUCUGAUAUUACUGAAAUUAGUGAAGAUCAAAUUAAGGAACAAGUAAUUGAUGACACAGUAAUUGAGCAAGCUAUAGCCCCUGUUGAAGGUAUAUUAGAAGAAUCACAACUUCAAUCAGAAACAAAUAUUCCUUCUGAUAUUACUGAAAUUAGUGAAGAUCAAAUUAAGGAACAAGUAAUUGAUGACACAGUAAUUGAGCAAGCUAAAACCACUGUUGAAUGUAUAUUAGAAGAUUCACAACUUCAAUUAGAAACAAUUAUUCCUUCAGAUAUCACUGAAAUUGGUGAAGAUCAAAUUAAGGAACAAGUAGUCGAAGACACAGUAAUUGAGCAAGCUAUAGCCCCUGUUGAAAGUAUAUUACAAGAAUCAAAACUUCAAUCAGAAACAAUUAUUCCUUCUGAUAUUACUGAAAUUAGUGAAGAUCAAAUUAAGGAACAUUUAAUCAAAGAAACAGUAACUGAGCAAGCUAUAGCCCCUGUUGAAGGUAUAUUAGAAGAAUCACAACUUCAAUCAGAAACAAAUAUUCCUUCUGAUAUUACUGAAAUUAGUGAAGAUCAAAUUAAGGAACAAGUAAUCGAUGACACAGUAAUUGAGCAAGCUAAAACCACUGUUGAAUGUAUAUUAGAAGAUUCACAACUUCAAUUAGAAACAAUUAUUCCUUCAGAUAUCACUGAAAUUGGUGAAGAUCAAAUUAAGGAACAAGUAAUCGAAGAAACAGUAAUUGAGCAAGCUAUAGCCCCUGUUGAAGGUAUAUUAGAAGAAUCACAACUUCAAGCAGAAACAAUUAUUCCUUCUGAUAUCACUGAAAUUGGUGAAGAUCAAAUUAAGGAACAAGUAAUCGAAGAAACAGUAAUUGAGCAAGCUAUAGCCCCUGUUGAAAAUAUAUCAGAAAAAUCACAACUUCAAUCAGAAACAAUUAUUCCUUCAGAUAUCACGGAAAUUGGUGAAGAUCAAAUUAAGGAACAAGUAAUCGAAGAAACAGUAAUUGAGCAAGCUAUAACCGCUGUUGAAGGUAUAUUAGAAGAAUCACAACUUCAAUCAGAAACAAUUAUUCCUUCUGAUAUCACUGAAAUUGGUGAAGAUCAAAUUAAGGAACAAGUAAUCAAAGAAACAGUAAUUGAGCAAGCUAUAGCCUCUGUUGAAGGUAUGUUAGAAGAAUCACAACUCCAAUCAGAAACAGUUAUCCCUUCAGAUAUCACUGAAAUUGAUGAAGAUCAAAUUAAGGAACAAGUAAUCGAAGAAACAGUAAUUGAGCAAGCUAUAACCGCUGUUGAAGGUAUAUUAGAAGAAUCACAACUUCAAUCAGAAACAAUUAUUCCUUCUGAUAUCACUGAAAUUGGUGAAGAUCAAAUUAAGGAACAAGUAAUCGAAAAAACAGUAAUUGAGCAAGCUAUAGCCUCUGUUGAAGGUAUGUUAGAAGAAUCACAACUCCAAUCAGAAACAGUUAUCCCUUCAGAUAUCACUGAAAAUGAUGAAGAUCAAAUUAAGGAACAAGUAAUCGAAGAAACAGUAAUUGAGCAAGCUAUAGCCCCUGUUGAAAGUAUGUUACAAGAAUCACAACUUCAAUCAGAAUCAAAUAUUCCUUCUGAUAUUACUGAAAUUAGUGAAGAUCAAACUAAGCAACAAGUAAUCAAAGAAACAAAAAUUGAGCAAGCUAUAGCCCCUGUUGAAGGUAUAUUAGAAGAAUCACAACUUCAAUCAGAAACAAAUAUUCCUUCUGAUAUCACUAAAAUUGGUGAAGAUCAAAUUAAGGAACAAGUAAUCGAAGACACAGUAAUUGAGCAAGCUAUAGCCCCUGUUGAAAGUAUAUUACAAGAAUCACAACUUCAAUCAGAAACAAUUAUUCCUUCUGAUAUUACUGAAAUUAGUGAAGAUCAAAUUAAGGAACAUUUAAUCAAAGGAACAGUAACUGAGCAAGCUAUAGCCUCUGUUGAAGGUAUAUUAGAAGAAUCACAACUUCAAUCAGAAACAAAUAUUCCUUCUGAUAUCACUGAAAUUGGUGAAGAUCAAAUUAAGGAACAAGUAAUCGAAGAAACAGUAAUUGAGCAAGCUAUAGCCCCUGUUGAAGGUAUAUUAGAAGAAUCACAACUUCAAUCAGAAACAAAUAUUCCUUCUGAUAUUACUGAAAUUAGUGAAGAUCAAAUUAAGGAACAAGUAAUCGAUGACACAGUAAUUGAGCAAGCUAAAACCACUGUUGAAUGUAUAUUAGAAGAUUCACAACUUCAAUUAGAAACAAUUAUUCCUUCAGAUAUCACUGAAAUUGGUGAAGAUCAAAUUAAGGAACAAGUAAUCGAAGAAACAGUAAUUGAGCAAGCUAUAGACCCUGUUGAAGGUAUAUUAGAAGAAUCACAACUUCAAGCAGAAACAAUUAUUCCUUCUGAUAUCACUGAAAUUGGUAAAGAUCAAAUUAAGGAACAAGUAAUCGAAGAAACAGUAACUGAGCAAGCUAUAGCCCCUGUUGAAAAUAUAUCAGAAGAAUCACAACUUCAAUCAGAAACAAUUAUUCCUUCAGAUAUCACUGAAAUUGGUGAAGAUCAAAUUAAGGAACAAGUAAUCGAAGAAACAGUAAUUGAGCAAGCUAUAACCGCUGUUGAAGGUAUAUUAGAAGAAUCACAACUUCAAUCAGAAACAAUUAUUCCUUCUGAUAUCACUGAAAUUGGUGAAGAUCAAAUUAUGGAACAAGUAAUCGAAGAAACAGUAAUUGAGCAAGCUAUAGCCUCUGUUGAAGGUAUGUUAGAAAAAUCACAACUCCAAUCAGAAACAGUUAUCCCUUCAGAUAUCACUGAAAUUGAUGAAGAUCAAAUUAAGGAACAAGUAAUCGAAGAAACAGUAAUUGAGCAAGCUAUAGCCCCUGUUGAAGGUAUAUUAGAAGAAUCACAACUUCAAUCUGAAACAGUUAUUUCUUCAGAUAUCACUGAAAUUGGUGACGAUUUAAUUAAGGAACAAGUAAUCGAAGAAACAGUAAUUGAGCAAGCUAUAGCCCCUGUUGAAAGUAUAUUACAAGAAUCACAACUUCAAUCAGAAUCAAAUAUUCGUUCUGAUAUUACUGAAAUUAGUGAAGAUCAAACUAAGGAACAAGUAAUCGAAGAAACAGUAAUUGAGCAAGCUAUAGCCCCUGUUGAAGGUAUAUUAGAAGAAUCACAACUUCAAUCAGAAACAGUUAUUCCUUCAAAUAAUACUGAAAUUGGUGAAGAUCAAAUUAAGGAACAAGUAAUCGAAGACACAGUAAUUGAGCAAGCUAUAGCCCCUGUUGAAAGUAUAUUACAAGAAUCACAACUUCAAUCAGAAACAAUUAUUCCUUCUGAUAUUACUGAAAUUAGUGAAGAUCAAAUUAAGGAACAAGUAAUCAAAGAAACAGUAACUGAGCAAGCUAUAGCCCCUGUUGAAGGUAUAUUAGAAGAAUCACAACUUCAAUCAGAAACAAAUAUUCCUUCUGAUAUUACUGAAAUUGGUGAAGAUCAAAUUAAGGAACAAGUAAUCGAAGAAACAGUAAUUAAGCAAGCUAUAGCCCCUGUUGAAAGUAUAUUAGAAGAAUCACAACUUAAACAGGAAACAGUUAUUUCUUCAGAUAUAACUGAAAUUAGUAAAUAUCAAAACAAAGAACAAGCAAACGAAGAAAUUUUAAGUGCACAUGCUAUUGUUCCUGAAAAUGAAAGUGAAUUUGAUGAUUUGAUUAAAAAAACUGUGACUUUUUCUAAAGAAAAGGGUGGGAAAAAAUUAAAAAUGAAGAAACCAAAAUCAAGCGUUUCUGAAAACAUUAUCAAAGAUAAUUUGAGUAUUUUCAAUCGACUUGAAAAUGAUCCAAGUGACUUAUUUCCAUUAAAAUCUUACGCCGAAGUUUUGUUGGAUUCAACAUUCACAUACACGCUGGAUAAUAUUUCUGGUAAAGAAUUAAAAGUUUCUGAAAUGGUAUAUGAACGAGGCGUUGAAUCAAAAAUAAAAAAUGUAAUUUCUGAGAAAACGAACCUUUCUCCUAGUAUUGAAGACAAUCACGAAUUCGAUAAAAUUAUAUCAAAACCUUUCAAUGAAACCAAAUUAAAAGUUGUAACUAAUGAGAAAUCAAUCGAAUUGAUCAAAAAACCUACCAUUGAAUGUACUCAAGAUAUUGUUGCAAAGUUGUGUGAUUCGGAAGAAGAGCCAAACAAUUCUGAGAAAGUAUUAGCUCUUACGCUUGAUAAUAUUCAAGAAGCUGUUAAGUUUGAUAUUGAACUUCAAGAUCCUGUUUCAUCAACAGAAAACUAUGAAAAGAAAACGAAAUCAUUUGAUUCUCAAGGUUCUCCUGAAGAUAAUUUGUGUUCAUUUAAGCAGGUUGAUGAUUCUUUCAACGAAGUAUUGAGAUUCAAAACGUAUGCUGAAGUUUUAUCAGGACAAAACUUAAAAAUCAAAAAGAACGAUUCGGAUGAUAAGAAAUCGAUUGUUCAUUUUGUUACAUCUGCUGCUGAUAAUUUAAUUAGCAAGAUUCAAGAUCAAACUGUAGUUUAUAAUGAAGCAAUCAGUGGAGAAAAUAAAGAAGAAAAAGCAAACACCAUUGAAAUAAUUAAACCUAUAAGAAAACAGAGUGAAAUAUUCGAUUCUGUUAAAACAAAUAACUUUUUUAAUCAGGAUUUGUCUUUAAAUCAAGAAACUUUAGUGAAUAGAGCAUAUUCUGAAGUUUUGAGCGUUAAAGAUUCGGAACCUGUCGAUAAAACAAAUUUUUAUGAGAAAAAGGCAAUUAGUCAAUAUGUUUCAAACACAGCAGAUAAUAUGAUAAGUAAAGCAGACUUACAUAUCGAUGCUGAACCAAAGUCGUCUUCUGAAACAAAACACAAACUUAAUGCGGAACCUAUUUUGCAAGAAAUUUUCAUGUCAAUUAAAAACGAAAUUAUAGCAGAUUCCUAUCCAGAAGGAUCAUUUAAUGAUGAAAAACAACCUGAAGUCAUUGUCGAAAUUGUUAAAGAUUUUAUGGACGAAAUUACUAAAGAUAUUUUGGUAGAACGUAGUAAAACCGAUCCUAAAAAAUAUUUACCCAAUGCUAUAGUUGCACAAUCUGAAGCAUAUUCGAGCACAGAUGAAGCUUUAUAUGUACCACAAAUUACGAAAAUAUCUCAUACAUCCCUAUCCAUUGACAUCCCUAUUCCUAAAACCAUUAGCAGUCCUGCAGGUCACGAUAGCCAAGAAAAAGACGUGAAAAAUACUUUUGAUGUAAAGAUCUCACUCCAACAAGAAGCAGACAAUCUCCUAAACCAAAUUACAAUUGUUUCAUCUGAUAUUCAUCGAAUGCCGAGAGAGAAUCUUGAUCAUAUGCUGGAAACUUUGAAUGUCCUGUUAAAGAAAUUGGAAUGCUACAAAAUUGAAUUAGAUUCCCUAAUUGACAAAAGCAAAACUUUCCCAGAGGAACUAGAACUUAAAGCUACACUUACAAAUCUCAACAAGAAACUCAGUUCAUUGAUUUUACGAACUGAACAUCAAAUCAGUGUUACAAAGGAAGCGAAAACAAAUCAUGAGAAACAUCAAAAUGAAGUAGAGAGAUACCGAAAUAUUCUACUGAGCAUUGAAGAAUGGUUGAAGACAAUUAUAUUAUCACUUCAAAGUUUUAAUUGUAAAACAACAGACAGCACAGAUGCCCAAGAUAAGUUAUAUGAACUCCAAAAGAUUUUAGAUCAACUAGAAAAUAAAGAAAAAACGGCAAAGGAAAUUUUCGUUGAUUGCCAAGAAUAUGGAGCCCAAUAUGGUGAUGUUCAAAAACUUGUAAGAGAACUUCUUUUUGGACUAAACGCGAAUAUUAGUGUUAUUCGGGAAAAUCAAAAUAUCAUAAAGUCACGUCAAAAUCUUUUAAAAGACCAAAUUUAUGAUCCAACAAGUGUACAAGAAGUUGAUAGUUCAAAAGAACUUGAACCAUCUAUCAAUAUAACACUAGAUACUCAGAAAAUUGAUGAAGAAAUUCCGACAAGAAAAGAAAUAAAUGAAUUGUGUACUUCAAUACAAGUUAAUAUUGAAGAUGAAAGUUCACAACAAAUUAUUGACAAAACUAAACCAGAAACUCAAGCAAUUGCAACUCAAACCACUCCAGAUAAACCAUCUACAGACAACUUUAUGAUAAUUCAAUCUAUUAGCGCUGAUGGAGAAACUAUUCAAAUUUAUAAUAUGCCACAUGAUGAUGGUAAGGACGAUGAUAAGAAUGUAACAGUUGAAGCAAAAUAUGUCCGUGGUCAUAGCGGUGAGCCUAAACGAACUUCAGAAUUAGUUUUGAAAAAUGUUCCAAAACAUUUUGAAACAACUUUUGUUGAACCAGAUGAAACUACAACUGAAAUUAUCGUUGAUCCUGACGGUACCAAAAGAAUAAUAGUGCGAAAAUUAACAAAGACAACACAUCAAAUUGUUAAUCAAAACAUAGUAGAAGGUGACGAAUUUUCAGAACCCUUCAAAGCGCAACUAGGUUCUAGUGCAACUACUCAUGACUUUAUUGUAAGGAGUGGAGAUUCAACAGCUUUAGAACAACAUCCAGAAAUUACAGAGUCUUCACUAAGUGCUGUUAUUGAACACAUUUCUCAUAGAAUUAUUAAAAAGACUAGAAGAAUUGUUAAGAAAAUAACAAUAAUUGAUGGAAAAGAGCACAUAACAGAGGAAAUCGUAGAGGAACCUGAUGAAAUAGAACAGUAUGAAGAAGAUCGUCCCGUGAUCGCAUAUGAAUUGUCCCAAACAAUAGUAGAGGAACCUAGAGUAGAAAAAACUGACAUAAUAAUUACCGAGCACUCCCAAUCUCCAGAAGCCGUUGACAACAUUAAAUUUGAAGAAGUGACUGAAAUUGCAAAAGAAGAAAUGGUAAAGUUAGAUGAAGAUGAACAAGUCACUGAAACAUGUAAUCAGGACGAUUCCAAUAAGGCAGAUGAAGAAAUUGAAUCUAAAGAAGAUUUUAAAAAUGACUAUGAAAGCGCUCCAGACACAAAUGUAAAGGAAAUAAAAAUUGAAUUCGAGACUACAUCACUACCGAUUGAAACGAUUGAAAAUUUAGAAAUAAUGGUUGAACAGCCAGAAGAUACAGAAAAAAUAAUAGAAAAUAUUGAACCUUUGGUAGAACCAAAACAAGAUUUUGAGUCAAAAGAAGACCAAGCGGCUGAAACGCCAUCAGGUGAACAGGUAUUUGAAAUUGUCACUGAAGCACACGUAGAUUUGACUGCUUCUUUAGUAGAUAAUUUGGCACCAAUAGAAAAUAUUGAUGAUAUUUGGCCCUAUUCAUCACCACACAUUAUGCCACAAUCUGCAAUUGCAGUUGAUUUACCAGCUCAAACCGAAACAUAUAAAGGUUCUGAGGGUAUUUGGCCACAAAACUUAACAAUUGGAAGUAAUAUCGAUUUUAAUGAUUAUUCAUUUGAGCGCACAUUAGAAAAGUCUUUCGACUAUUUAGAUAAUUCUAGUUUUAAUGCAGAUGUAGACGAUAUUCCUGAAAAACCAGAAGAAAAAUUAACUGUAACAAAGAACGAUGAAAUAGUCCCUAAAGUUGAUGAGAACAAUGAAACAAUAGAAUUUAUCAGAAAAGAACAGUAUAUACAAGAAUCUUUACCAGACCAAAUAGAAUCUGGCAUUUCAAAGACAUGUCAAGACAUUGAACUUGAGACACCUGUCUUAGAAUCAUCAAUUGAUUUUGCACCAAAUGAAAUUACCCAGCAGGAACAAGAAAAUAAUCUUUUGGAAAUUCUACCUGAAGUUUCACAAGCUGAAAAGAUAAUUACACAAAACAUAAUAGAAAAUUCAUCAAUCGAAUCAUUGCGUUCUGAUAUAAAUCCUCAAAACCAAGUAAUUGAAGAAAAUCCAAUAAGUGCUCCAGUAUCUCCAUCCAAAUCUAUUCCACAAAUUGCAACUAUAACAAUAGUAAAAACAAUGACUUUCUUGGAAAAGGAAAAAGUAAACGCUUAUGAGUUAAUACCGGAAUCAAUUGAAACUAGAAUGAUUGUAAAAACUCCAGAGCCCAUCGAAAUGAAAGAAGAUAUUCCAGAAGAAAACUUGAUACCUGAAGAAAAACAAGAGGAUCUAUCAGAUCAAAAAACCGAAGACAUAUCAAUUGAAAAAGACAGAAAACCUCAAAUUAAAACAUUAGAAGAAAUUACUCUUGAAGAGAAGGAGCUAAGAGAACACGACUUAGAAAAUGUCUUGAUAAAUGAAGAACUAAGAGAAUUUAAUGAGCCUGAUCAGUUAUCAACUAUUGAAAAAUCUGACCAUUCAAGUAUAUUUUCUGAAAGUCAAGUUGAAAAUGUCUUAGAGGAAAAUAUCUUUAAAGAACAACUUAUUCAAGAAAAGCUACUGCAAGAUGACGAAAAACUAAUAGUACCACCCCAGUCUGAAUCAAACGAAGAACAAAUCGAGGAACAGCCAGCAAUCAAAGAAGCAUUUUCUCAACGAGAAAUUUAUGAUGAAAACAUUUUAAUACACGAUUCUAAUAAGGAUCAGACAAACUUAGAAGAUUUUGAAUUACAUUGCGAGCCUAAAACUUCAGAUUUUGAUACCUUCCAAGUUGUUUUGAAAUUCGAUCCUAAAGAAGUGACAAAAGUCAAUGUUAAUUUGACUGACGAGUCUCCUUUGUCAUCCACACCAACAGAACAGAUUGCUAGUUUCCCAGAUAGUAUCGAAAAAGUACAAUCAAUUGAAGUAGAACCUUCUACUCUAGAUUUGGAGACUACAAAGGAACACGAAAAAAUAAUAACAGAUACAAGUACAAUAAGAAGUACUGGUUAUGAAGCUGAAGAUCGUGACGAAAGUGGUGAUAGUAAAGGUAAAAAGAAAAAGAAGAAGGAUAGAAAGAAAAAGCAAACUGUUAAACCAGAAGAAAUCCCAACCGCGAUUCCAAAGUCUUCUGAUGCUUCGUCUGUCCAGGAUGCUACAAGCAUAGUUUCAUCUGAUAAUGAAAAUGUUAUGCCAGAAGAGGAACACUUACCAGAAGGCAGAGAAACAAUUUUGUCUCCUGAUGAGAGUUAUCACUCAAUUUCAGAAAGUGAGCAACAAUCGGUGAAAAUAUUAGAGGAAAACAUAAUUGCAAGUCCUGAAGAGUCUAUUCAGUCUCAACCAGAUACUGGAAUUAUAUAUCCUACUGAAGUGAUUGAAGUAAUGCAAGUGGAAGACUCGGAGCAACAAACUGAACCUGUAAUCUUAACAGAAACUCGACAAAUCUGUGAACCAACUAAAAUAGAGACAAAAGAAAUCCAAACAGUAUUGGAAACAGUUGAAACAGAAACUCAAAUGUCUCCAGUUGUAGCAAAAGAAUUUGAUUUUGAGCCAAAACCCACUACAGAAACUAUUGAUAGUUCUAUGCAAACAGUUAUUAUGAAGUUUAUAGAAACAGAAAGUCAGACCUCUGAAGUUCAAAGUAAUGAAUUGCAAACUAGUGUGGAUAAGAAAUUGCUGCAAGAACAAGAAAUUCAGACGGAAGAUAUAUCCACGAAUGAUAUGAUUAAAAAACAAGAAACAUCAAUGCAAACUGUCCCAAUCGAAACUAUUGAACAAAUUGCACAAACUGAUAUCAUUGUUGACACGUUACAAGAAGAAGAUGAAAAGAAUAUUGUAGAAGAAAUUGUACAUGAAAUGACAUAUAAAGCUGUUGGUAAAGGAACACCACAACAUUCAACUGAAGAAUUUAUUAAGUCAGAAAGAGCAGUAGCUCCUGAAGAUCCUAAAACACCUUCUCAAAUAUCAAUGACUGAUGCUGAAACACAAACUAAGAAAGGAAAGAAACCCAAAAAACAGAAAUCAAAAGAUGAUCAAAAGACAGAGUUACAAAUCGAAACAAUAGUCACACAACCAUCAAAAAUAGAGGAAAAAUCACAAGUCACAAUGAGAUUAGUACCAGAAACAAAUUUGGAUAAUAUUGAUGUUCAAAUAAAAAUCGAUAUACCAACUCAAAAUGAACCAGAUAAUGUUUUGCGUCGAUUAAAUGACAUAAUGAAUAUUGAGACAUGCGAGGAACCAAAAGAGAACUUUUCGCUUUCACAAAAUCUCAACAAUCUCAUAAUUAGCACUGAUCAAAGAGGAUUUGAAGCUGUACCAUGGAGUGAAGUGCAGUAUAUGAUAGAUACAAAUAUUGAUAAUCGUCGUAUUAACAACACAUAUGAGUUUAUGACGGAAUAUGAAAUAGAGGAACCUGUUGAUGAAAAAAUUAACGAGUCUCUCCAGAAAAUUGAACAAUAUAUUGAUAUAUUACCAGACGUUAUCAAUAGUAAAGAGGAAAAAGUUACACAAAAAACAAUUAUAGUAAUAACUAAAGUUAUUGUAACAUGUCUGGAACAAAUUGAGUAUAAAAUAUAUCGCAUGAAGCAGCAAAACCAACCAACAUCUGAUGAUAUGAAUGAACUUCAUCGAUUAGAGUCCUUACUUCAAUCAUUAAAAAAUAAUGUGGCUCCAAUCGAAAAUGAAAAAUUACGAUCUGAAAUAACCAAAUGCGUCGAUACACUCCAACAGCAUGUUAAGCUUGACAAAGAAGUUCAAGAAGAUGUGUCGAAUGACAUUAAGAAUUUUUAUACUGAAAUGAGUAGUGCAGAUGACACAAUAAAACGUUUACAACAGGAGACAAUUAUACUGGAAGAUAGAUAUAAGUAUAUUCUACAAACAGAUUUUCCUAAUGAUGACAGACUCAAGCACUUGGAAUCAUUAGAAAUAGCUUGUAAAGAAAAUAAGAAAUCUGCAUUGCGUGCAACCAAGAUGAAAAAUUUAAGUGAUGAUCAAUCAAAUACAGUAAAAUCAUGCUACGAUCGAACAAAAGACAUGGAACAUGUUAUUAGAUUGGAAAAGAGAAAACUGAUACAAUUAAUAAAUUUAUCAGAAGAAUAUGUUCAGACACUUAAUGAAUUUUCACAAAUAACACUUGUUGCAAAUUCAUUGGUUGAUAAAACAAUUGUAACAAACAGUUUGGACCAUUUACAAAAUGAAAUUCAAAGACAUAGAAAAUUCUUCAUAAAUUUAAAUCAUUGUCGUAAUAUUCUUGAAUCACUUGAGAGAAAUCUGGACACGGAAACACGGGAAAAACACUCAAUUUUACAUAAUGCACUUCAUCAAAAGGCUACAAACAUUCUUGAAAAAGCUGGUGAGAGAUCCCAAAAACUUUCCUUAGCUGCAUCAAAAUGGACAGUUUUAGAUAAACGCAUGAAAAAUGAAGAACAAUGGUUACAAGUGGCUGAACAACGAGUACCCGAUUUGAGUAGUGUGACUUCCGCAGAUUAUGAGCAAUAUAUAACCUUGUAUCAAUCUUUAAAUUCUGAUCUGACAAUGCAUCAAGCAAAGAUGUAUCAAAAUUAUGAAACAUCUAUUAAACUUCAAGAAUUGAUUUGUGCUCCAAAUUUGGAAACAAAGUGUAAUGAUUCAUUAACAAAAUUAGUAAAGAUUAAGGAAGAUGUCAACACUUAUCUCAAACGAUUGUUACACUUCAAACAAAUGUGGUAUGAAUAUAACUUAAAUGCUGAUAAAUUAGAACAUUGGAUGAAUCAAGUUGAAGAGGAGCUGAAUAAAAUUGAUAUUCCUGAAAACUUUAUGACGUAUCCCGUUGAAAAUAUGAGAAACUUCUGGGAAAUAAAAGCACAAUAUGAAUUUAAUCAUCAAAUUCACAAAAAUGUCUGUGAAAAUUUUGACAAAUCACUAAAAAUCAUUAGCCUUGCUGAUGAUAAGCUGCAGUUGCAAUUCUAUGCUCAACUAGACGAUCGUUGGCACAAUAUUACAAAUCGAAUUGAUGCUGUUAAAAAUCAAAUUACUGAAAAUAUAUCAUCAACAGCUCCAUCUUAUAAUGAUAAACUUGUUUUCCUUGAAAAUGAGUUGGAUGAAAUUCUCUUCAUCAUUAAUAACACAAAGGGUAUCAUCCGAAAUCCAGAAGAAUUAAACCUUUAUAUCGAACGUCUGAUCGUCCUCAGAAGUAGAAUUUUAGUUGUUGAAAAUGAACUAGUAACAAUUGGAUUCAUGUCAACAUCCGAUACAGAAAAAGUUGGAGAGCUAUGUAACAAAUCACACAAAAUAUCACUGUCUAUUACAGAGGAAAUGGAGUUAGCAGAUUUGUGCAAAGGUAGACUUAACACUCUUAGGCAAGAAAUCAGCAUGAUUCGCGAAGAUCAGGUUGAUUUUUAUGAACAUUUGUCAGAUUUUGAAGGUGCUGCGAAACUUGAAAGUGCAGCCAUUGAAAAAGCUUUAGAAGGAUGUCAGAUUUCACGUGAAAAUCUUGUAACUCAUUGGAAAGAUAUUAUGAGAGUUCGUCAUCUUUUACAUACUCUUCCUACUGGCUUAAGAAUGUCCGUAUCACCAGUAGAUAUUGAAAAGGAAAUUUCACAGCUAGAAGAUGACUACGUUGAUAUUGAGAAGCGAUUAUGUGAAAUAGAAAGUUUAUUAAAGAACCGUUCUGCAUUAUGGAAACGCUUUGAUAAACAACUUGAAGUCAUUCAACAAUCUAUUCAGGAAACCGAUUUCAUGGUCGAAUUACUAACUGUUCAUGGAAAUAUUGAUUAUGAUCGCUUAUUAAAAGCAACAGAAAGAUUAGAGGACUUAUAUGAAGAUUUAGGAUCUCGAGAAGAAGCUGUAAAGAACCUUAAAAUAUAUGCUCAACCAUUAGUCGAAUUUUGUGAAGAACAUGUCGCACAUGAUAUUGAAAAUACCAUGCAAAAAGCUUCUAUUCAAUGGAAUGAAACAAAUAACAAUUUAAAACAAAUUUGUGAUAAAUACAAGGGAGCUGUUAAAUUAUGGAAGCGAUAUUGCGAUGAAAGUGAAGUUAUUCGAAAUGAAAUAGAUCAACAUUUCAGUGAUGUUGACGACCUCAUGGAAAAUAAAUCAGCUGAGGAAAUUGAGGUAUUAGAAGGCAUUCUUACAACACAUCGUCAAAAGCUCAGUGAUUUACAAAAUCUCGCUGCCCAAAUUAGUGAAUUUGUCGGUGCCGAUUCAUCCAUUCAAAUAGACACUGGUAUAACCGAAUUAAGUAAUCAACUUGGUGAAAUUGUGGAAGUUAUUGAAGCUUGCAAAAAUUUAAAUAAUGCUAAUAAUAACAAUAUUCAGGAAUCUCGAAACAUAAUUGUGAGCAAAUCACACAGUUUAAUAUCUAAUGUAACUGAAGAUUUAAAACAGAAAAAUUCAAAUGACGAAGAUCAAUUAAUUCUAUUAAGAUCACAUCUGUUGAAUUUGGGAUUAAUUGAAAAUGAUUUACAAAAUGUAAAACUUGCUUCUACCAUGAAUAAUGAAGAAAACAACUCAGUUUUGGAUACAUUAAACACAUUGCAAGAAUUAUUCAGGCAGACAAUAAGUGAAUAUAACAAGAUUUCUUCUCAUUUGGUGCACAACGCAGAUAAUACGGUAAUUUUCAAAAUUUGGCUUGACUACCUAUCACACGUCAGUUCAUUCCUCCAAACACCAAUUCCGUCAGAUUAUAAUGUACUCAAAGAACAACUACAUUUGUGCAAAAUUCAUCAGAACCUUAUAACUAAUCAACGUAAUGCUUUGAUGCAUAAGAUAAGCAUUGAUGAUUCAAUGCUAAAGGACGUUGGCGAAUUUAAGCAAGAACAUGUUGCAAUAUUAAAUUAUCUCAAUGAUCGCCAUGUUGAAAUUGAGUCACGUAUAAGUUCGUGGGAAAAAUAUAGAAAACGUCAGGCUGAUUUAUUAGAAACGAUUGAUGAUAUUGAGAGACAAAAAUCCACAUUGCAUUUAAAACAAAUUUACCUUAAAUCAAUCGGGAAAAUCAAGAAUCAAAUUGAUGAAAUAUUGUUAAAAGUAACAGAUGCUGAAAAUGAUGUGAUUAGUAUGAAGGAUAAUCAAAUUAAUUUACUAAGCUUCAUUGACGAUAUCACUUCAUCAGCACUAAGAUUAGAAUUUGCAUCAACUCAUCAAAGAUUGGCAAAUAUUCGAGCUAGUCUUGAAACAUGGAUAGAUUUCCUAAAACGAAUUCAGGGUUUGAACACUUCAUAUGAAUUCAACGUUAAAUCAAUACAAGACAACUAUCAACGUCAGUUGAAUUUCCUUAACAGCGUUAAAAGUGAGACUAAUAAAAACUUUAUAAACUCAAAGCAGCAAUUGGAAGUUCUAAAGGAAAAACGAAAUUCAUUAAAUGGAAUUAAAGCAGAAUUGGAAAAUUUAAAUACAAUGAAAGAUGAAAUGAAAGAUUACGUCAGCUCUUAUGAUAUUAAAAUGAUAAGACAAACGAUUUGGAUUUUAUGGCAACAAUAUAGUGAUCUUAAUCAUGAAUAUUCGUUGCUUAUUAAUCAUAUUGAAGAAAGAAUAUGUCUACAAACAGAAUUUAUUAUUCGUUAUGAAAAUCUUAUGUACUGGCUCAACGAAACUGAAGGCCGAUUAAUGGAAGCAUCAUCACAAAAAUAUUACUCCAAUAAAAAAAUGCAGGAUGAUGACUCUUACAUGAAAUAUCACGCAGCUAAUAUCCUUGAGGAAUUUGCAUUGAAGGAAUAUGAUCGUAAAUGGAUUGAAUCCGUUGGUAAUGAGCUAUUAAUGUUUUAUGCAAAUGAACAAAAUUAUGACAGCCCCGAAAAGAUUGAAAUAGAAUCCAAAUUAGCCAACUUGAAUACAAAAUGGAACAACAUUAAAACACUUUACGAUAAUCGCUCCAAAAAGAUUAAUGACAUAAAGGCAACUUACUAUAGUUUGGAAGCUCGUAUUGCUGAAAUUCGUGCUUGGCUGUUUGAAACAGAAAAGGAACUUAUAAAACCAUAUACUUUUGACGAACCCACAAAGGCAGCAUUUGAGAAGCAACUAUUUGAAUAUGAGAAAAUGCAACGUUCUGUUGAAAAUAACAGCGCAAAUGUAGCUGAAAUUUUAAAUCUAAGCGAAAUGGUCCUUAGUGAAUUAAGAAGUCUUGACAUGGAAAUGAGUGUUAGAAAUCUAGAUUCUGCUUUAAAUAAUAUUGAAUAUAGAUGGAAGAGAUUAUGUGAAUCUCUUGUAAGCAGAAAGAGAAAUCUUUUGACGCUCUGGAAUAAUCUCGAUGAAAUGACAACAACUACAAAAGCUCACGCACAGUGGCUAAUUGAUUGUGAUGAAUUAUGUAAUGAAAUAGAAACUAAGGCAUCAAUUACAAUAAACCAAGAGUUGUCUCAAAAAUAUAAUGAAAAGCUAAGUGAAUAUGUUGACAAACUUUCCAAUGAAACACAAACUCUACAGAUCUUGGAAAAACUAUACAACAAUGUUUUAACAUCUAAUGUUGAUGUAAAUAAUAUUCGCAGCAUAACAUUUGAGACAAGAAGGAUUCUUAUAAUAUGGAAGACAAUUAUAAUACGUAUUACGAAAAUAAAAACAAUAUUACAGCAAUAUAUUGAUCAGUUUAGGCAGUUUGAUGAUUGGUAUGAAAGAAUUAUCCUAAAAUUGACUCAAAUAGAUGUUGAAAUUACAAAUAUAAAACACUUAAAAAUAUACGAAGGAACAGAUGAAGAACUUGAAAAACUAAAUGACCUUAAGAAAGAUUAUGAGCAAUGCGAGAAGCAUAUAGAAAUAGCUGAAGAUGUUCGCAAGGUUCUCAUGGAAAAUUCUAACGAGGAAGAAAGACUUCGAUUAAAAUCAAUGAGUGACGAAAUAUAUAAAGUUUUUGUUAGCAUUAAAGACAAUUAUAAUUCAAUGAAAGAUGAAUAUGAAAAUGCUUUAAAAGUAGAUGCUGUUGAAGAACGUGACGUAGCAGUUCAAGUUAAUACAUUACAAAUGCAAUCUAGUGUAUCACCCAAAGAUGCAUAUUUGUAUGAAAUCAAGACAGCAAUUGCAGAAUUUAAUACUAAUAUUAAUGCUUUAGAAAAGCAAUUGGAAGGUGUGGAUACAACUGAUAGAUCAGGAAUAAUAAGUAAAACAAUAUCACAAAAAGUUGGUAAAAAUAUUGCUGCAUGUGAGUCAUCUCUUGAAUUGCUAAAAUACUUAAACUCGUUGCUUAUUAACGAUUACUUAUGUAAUGAUGAGGAAGCAUACACAAAAGAUAUUGAAAAACUCUACGAUCUUUUCCAAAUUCAAUUGGGAAUUUGGAAUGGUAAGAAAGAUAGUAAAAGACAACAAUUUGCUGAACAUUCUACUGAAGCAGAUUGGCGUUCAUGUCCUUUCUGUAGUCAAAGAAAUUGGCAACAAAUAGACAAUGAUUUAUGGAGAUUAGAACAAUGGCUACACGUAGCUGAAAAUGAACAAAAGACACAACAAUCACCUCCUAAUAAUAUUGAAGAACUCGAAGAUGUAAUUCAAGAUCAUCGAGAAUUUCUUCUCAAUCUCGAUAGUCACAAGAGCAUAAUUUCAUCAUUAAAUAUUGUUGGUGAACAUCUUGCUCUUCACACAUCCGAUACGUCCAAAGCACAGCAAUUAAGAAAACGACUAGCAGAUAAUAAUCUGCGAUGGGAACAAAUUUGUCAACAUGCCACAGCAUGGCAAACAAAAUUACAAGAUUGUUUGAUUAGCAAUAGAGAAUUCCAUAAAAUUAUAAACGAAUUCAAUGUCUGGCUAGAAGAUACUGAAAGAAAAAUUAAGCUCUUUGAACCUGUUGAUUUAUCAUCUGAAAAAUCAAUCAUGGAGUCAAAAUUUUUGCGAUUCAAAGAACUUAAAUGCGAAAUCGAACGAUGCGAACCUAGAGUUAUAAGUUUACAAGAAAAUUCAGCGCAAUUGUUAAAGUCAUCAGAUAAAGCUGGUGUUGCAAAAGAAACGUUUACUAAACUUUCAGACUUGAGCGUGAAAUUACAAUCGUUAAGAAGAUUAACAGCCCUAUAUGUACUAAAACUAGGCGCUGUUUUAGGAUAUGAUGAGUCAUAUAUAAACGCUCCUUUAAGCUCAAGUCAAAUUGAACAAAUUGGAAGAUCAAGCAGUAGCAUUAGAACUUUGACACACUCUGCGAACUUACAAGAUGCGGUCGAAGAGGAAGAAGAAAUCAACCAAGAAGUUCUAACAAGAACCUAUCGUUUCCUCGGACGUGUCAUGCGUGCAUCCCUUCCUAUUCAAGCUCUUAUGCUUGUUUUGUUAGGUGCAGUUGCUUUGAUUCCUAUUCCUAAUAGUGAUGAUGGUGGCUACUCAUGUUUAUUAACAAAUACUUUUGGAAAAUUUGAUCCAAUUUUACGAUACCGCAAUGGCAACCCUCCAAUUUAGAGAAAACCGAUGACUUUAUUUGUUACAUCAAUGCGCGGAACAAUAUCAAUGUUUUGCCUGUUUUAUGUUCGAUUUUGAUUUUUUUAAAGUUUUAUAAAUAGCAUUUUUUAUAUAUUUAUAUUUUUUUUUUAUUAUUGAGGUUUUAAAAUCUCUUUAUGUUAUUCAUAUCUUACUAUAUACAAAAAAUAUGUAAAAGUGAUAAAAAAAAAUAGUCAUUUCAUGAUUGAUUAUGAUCCUCUCAAAAAUUGAGAAAAAAAAACUAAAUUUGAGAAAACGUUGAUGGAAAAGUAUCCCUUGCAUUUACAUCAUCAUGUGAUGACUUUUUAUUGCUGUAUUUAGUCAUUUUAGAUUUAAGAUGUUAAACAUUAUUUGUUAUUUUUUGCAUUUCUUUUUGUUCAGUUUAUGUUAUUUUUUAUUAUCAUUUAUUAUAAUAUAACUUUUAUCGCAUUAUAUACACAGAUAAAAAGAAAAAUAAAUAAAAAGAAUUCCUUCAAUAUACCUACU